GCGUCACGUGGUGGGGGCAGAGGGGCGGCCCCGCGGCCGCGUUGGGUUAGUUGUCAGUGUGUGUGGCGGCGGCGGCGGCGGCGGAGGAGGCGGUGGAGACUCAGGUAAAGUUGGCGGCCGCGCCGGGAAUUGCGCGCGGGCCCUUUAAGCGCCGGCCCCGCCCCUUCCCCCCACCCCACCAUAUCAUAAUAAUAAAUUCCUUCUUUAAUACAUACUUAUAUAUGUAUAUCUAUAUUUUGUGAGGGGAUUUUUUUUCUUCCCCUCCCCUGGGCUUCAAAAAAGGAGCUUUCCGUGGAGGGUGAGUAGAAGGGGAAAGUCCGGCCGGCAGGAAUUGUUCCAGGAGGCGGCGGAGCUGCUGGGCCUUCCGAGGGAGGGAGGGGGCGAGGGCGGGGGAAGGGGGCGUGAGGAGGGGAGAGUUCCGGUCCCGAGCGCCACCGCGGCCUAGUCGGCCAGAGCGAAGCCGGGGACUUGCGUAGCGCGCCAGGCUGGGCCAGGGAGGGGCUGAGUCGGGCUGAACCAGGCGGGACCGAUUUCCCCCCCGCUCAAACUUCUUCGAGGUCGAUCCCUUCCCCACAACCUCUGGGUAGGUAAACUAUUCCCCCCCUCUUCUUACUAUGGUUCUUACUCUCAUCACUAUUUUUAAAGUAUUCCUCCUCGCCCCACCUUGAGGCCCUCUGGGCUGUUUCCGCUUCCAGAGAGCUCCGUGGACCGGGGAAAAGAGAAAGAGGAGUCUUUCUUUCCAACUCUCCCCCCUCCCCAACCACCACUCUAAAUCCUUUACCGCAAACACAACCCCACCCUUCACUGCAAGCUGAUCCUUCUUCCCGGACAAACAGGCCUGGGGGGGAGCUUCCUGCGAUCGAGGUGGGGGAGACUUUUCUUUUCCUCUCUAGAAAGCCGGAUCCAUUGUUCGUUCCCCCCAAGACCGCUUGUUUCUCUCUCCCCCGCCAAGGUGUAAAAAACUGGUAAAUCUGGCUGGUGGCGGUGGGGAAUGUUGAGAGUUAGACGACUUCUCUUUUCUGUCCCCACCGCCCGCAGAUCUGUAAACAUUCCCCAAGUAGCCCUUAAAAACCUGCACGUGGAAACGAUUUAAAAAUAAAAAAGUCAGGGGAGGAGAGAAAGUUCCUCAGUCUCCUCUUUCUUCCUUCAUUUUUUUGUGGGGGGGGAAGAGAAACAGCAGCUUGUGCCAAGUUUGCAGCAGCAGCGUUCUGUUUCCGAGUAACUCUGAAGUUAGGUUGGGCUCCUUCUAGCUGCAGUCCUUUGGGCGCUGAAGUAAAGAGGUAAACUCCAUUGUACAAAGCGGGACUACGGCGGAUGAUUCUUAUCAGUGGCUACAAGUCAUCAUGGCUAUAUAUUUCGUCCCAUAUCAAAGGCCUCUGAGUGUUGGUUUCCUGAGGACCGGUGCUGCUGGAACUUCAGAAGAUGAGUCUCAUUUGUGGCUACAAAUCACCAUAGCUCUUUUAUUUCCACCCUUAUCAAAGGCCUCUGAAUACCAGUUUCCUAAGGAUCAAUGCUCUUGUGCUGAUGCCCAUCUUGUGGGCUUCUCAGAAGUGUUUAGUUGCCACUUUGAGAACAAGAUGCAGAUGGGCCUUUUUCCAGAUCUUGCAAGACCCUUCUCACCUUAUUACUUUGUAAGUUUGAGCUGCUAGUGCAUCCCUUACUAUAAAGUUACCUCAUGCAAGUGGUACUUAACUUCUGAAUAAGCUGUUAAUUGGCUAUAAAACUCCCCCCCCCCUUUAUUAUGCUAAAUAGUUUUCUGGACUGUUCCUUAAACCUCCUAGCUGUGUCCUUGGAUUUUAAAAAUAUUUUUGGAUACUGCCCUUCCUUUAAAGAAUUCAGGAUGUUGCCCUCCCCCUUAUGUGGGAGGGUUACCUUCCUCUAUCUAACCCUCACUGUUUUUGCUUGUGGAUGAAAGAGCAUAACUGGCCUUGGUGAACAUUGUGACUGACCAGUUUCGAAUCCAGAUCUCCGAAUCCUGUGUUGCACUGGUGCUGAACUUCCUUAUCAGAUUACUCUUGCAACUUUGUCUAGGACACUUUGCGAAGACCUCUGGUGCCAGGCAGACAGAUGGGGCACUGAAAGAACCAGGAUUCCCUUGGUGCCAGAAGCUUUCAAUCCAAAGGGUGUGGUGUUUACGAAAAGAGACUUCAAAUACUGCAGAGCUUCUUCUUGUCCUGCCUUUAAAAGCUAACUACCACCAUUCUCCUGAGGAUUCUUUCACUCAGUUGGGUUUGCAUAAUGGUGUUUCUGCUUGUAUUGCAGGACAGCUAGCUCAUUUUUCCUCAAACCUUGGGAGUUUGUGUUGAUCUCCGUCACUUUUCUCUCUUCACUGCCCCCUCCGGCCAGGCCAUCUGCUCCAAGUGACCAGUACCAUUUCUAGGGCCUCCACUUUCCACAUGGCAAUUUCAGUUGAGAUUUGGUGCCUUUGAGAAAGUUGACUGCCUGCAGCUCCAUGGCCAGUCCUUGCUUAUCAUGCUGCUUCUGCCUCCCAUCCUUCGAAAAGUCCUCUUUUUGUGCCAGAGAACUUGCAUCAGUACAGCACAAAAACACGUGGUUCUGCUGUUCUUGCUAUUCAGCAUCUUCUCUUCUGCCUGGCUUCUUCAACCUAAGUUCUUGCUUUUCAGAAAGCGAUUCUUAAUAAUGUACAUUGCAAUCCUAACCAUGCCUACUUUAGGAGUGAUGAGGUCAAUGAGGCUUGCUCCCAGGUAAGUGGGUUUAAGUUUGCAGCUUCUGUGCUUUUAAAAGACAGUAGAUGGAACAGUUUAAUCCUUGGAGCAAUCCCUCUAUAACCUAAAAGGUAAAGGUACCCCUGCCCUUACGGGCCAGUCUUGACAGACUCUAGGGUUGUGCGCUCAUCUCACUCUAUAGGCCGGGAGCCAGCGCUGUCCACAGACACUUCCGGGUCACGUGGCCAGCGUGACAAGCUGCAUCUGGCGAGCCAGCGCAGCACACGGAACGCCGUUUACCUUCGCGCUGGUAAGCGGUCCCUAUUUAUCUACUUGCACUUGGGGGUGCUUUCGAACUGCUAGGUUGGCAGGCACUGGGACCGAACGACGGGAGCGCACCCCGCCGCGGGGAUUCGAACCACCGACCAUGCGAUCGGCAAGUCCUAGGCGCUGAGGUUUUACCCACAGCGCCACCCGCGUCCCUCUCUAUAACCUAGGCUGCUGUUAAUUUUUGUCUCACUGACAAGGAGCAGAAGUAGUGAGUGACUGCUUUGUUGCUUAUUUAUUUGUUUCUCCUUUCUAAGGCUUGGGAUUUGUGCUAUUAUUCCUUUUCCCUCCCUUGCUCUUUAGAAAAAGUUGUUGGACUUCAGCUCCCAUCAGCCUCAGCAUGCCCAGUGGUUGAGGGAUGAUGGGAACUGCAGUCUAGCAACCUCUGCAGGGCCAAAGCUUCCCCAUCCAUGCUUUAGGAGUUUAAGGGCUCAGGCAUCACACAACGAAAGUCAACACUUUUGCCAUUAUGUCUCUCCUAAGGCGGUUCUUGUAACUAACCAAAAUACUACUCUAAACUUUUUCAUAUUGAGAAAAUAGAGUCCAGCAGAUAAGAUCCUUUUUAGGUGUUAUUACUACCACUACUACUAAUGAAUAAAUCACAUUUACAACUAUCUAUAUCUAUAUUUAUAUCUAUAUCUAUAUAUAUCUAUAUAUAUCUAUAUCUAUAUCUAUAUCUAUCUAUCUAUAUAUAUAUAUAUAUAUAUAUAUAUACUUCUACGGACACAAAACAAGUUUCAGGGUGAAGGUGUAUAGCUUUUUAGUAAAAUGUGUUUGCAUUGUGAUCUCCUAUGCAAUCCAGUCCUAUGAAUCCGAACCACAUCACUUACUUCAGUGGGGCUAAGUCACAGAAAACUGCACCCUUAGGUACAAAAAAAAAUGUUUUGCUAAAGGCAAAGUUGCUUUGGUUUUUGUGUGUACCUGUGUUUUUCCAUCUAUAGCUGUGAAGUUCGCCUGCUCGGGUUGCCAGAAGCAUAAACACCCUGUCAGGAUCGCUGGCCUUUCCAGUAUCUAGUCUUUCCAGCAAAGAAUAACCAUCUUUCUUGUUGCUUUGUUCUUAGAACCUUGGAGUCCCAGAAGAUGCUUUGUGGGACCAGAUCUCUUCUUUGACAUGGGGGUAUUCAUCACUAAAGGGUCUGUCAGACCCAUGGCAGCCUUUCCUUCAAACUUAUAAAAAGAAGACUGCAUAUUGCUCUGGGAGACCUUGUUUGGAACACAGAAAGCUACUCAAUCCAUUAGUCCAGCUAGCUCAGUAUUGUCUCCACACUGGGUAGCAGUUGCUCUCUGUAGUUUCCAACAGGGGUCUUCUGACCCUACCUGGGAUUAAAUCUGGGGUCUUCUGCACGAAAAGGAUGGGAAGCAGGGCUUUGAGGCAUCUGAGGAACUUUUUCUUAGUGUAAUGAUUAAGUAUUCAAGCUAUGAGCUGAACAUCAGCAGUGCUCUUGAUUAUCUUUGGAUAUUAUGGGGUGUCAGAUAUUUAGGAAUAAAUUUCCAUUGGGAGAGCAACACUGCCUUAUCAAUUCGUACUGAAUAGUAAUAACGGGAAUCCUAGCACUGACCAAUCUUACUAAUUAUAUUAAAGAUGGUUGAAGGCUUUGAGUAUUGUAUAAAUAUUGUUUCUAAUGCUUAAUUAUCCUGAGUGAACUGAAACCAACAGCUUUUCAUCGUGGCCCAAACUGUGAUCUCAGAUAAUAGUGGCUGUUCUCCUUUAAAGAAACUCAUCACAUCACAUCCUUCAUCUCUCUUUAUUUUCUUUAGCUAUCUAUAUCAGUAUUUUCAGGCUUUCCCCUGCACACAACUUAUCUGGACCUUUCUGUGUUCUUUCUGAGUUUCUUUUCUCUCUCUGCAAAAUCUUCUCCAGCUUAUCAGUGAGUUUCCGUGGUGUCCAGUCUGGUGUGAUUACGCUGUUUAACUCUUAUUCUUGAUGGUGCAGUGAUCUGUAGGGACUGAGAAAUCUAGUUGGAUUCUCUCCAAAUUCCCAGCUGUGGGUACUGAGGGCACCUGGAUAGACCCCUCUACGCCCCCAGACCUGUGUGGGAAUGAAACUUCUUGUAUGAAAGCAAUGGACAACUAUAGAUUUCUGUCAUUGACUCAAAGGCCUACUCACGUAUAAACAGGAAGUUUAUUCCACCCACGAGAUGGAAGCUGCUGGCGUUGUAAUACAGGAAGUGCACUGAGGCUCCUUUUUAUGCCAACUCAGGGAGGUGUUUAUGGUCAGGACCUGAGCAUAAAUAGCCCCACAGUGCUUCCCUUGGAAGGCCCUGUAAUUUAUAGGGACCGAAAAGGAGUGUAGGGGAAGAGAGCCACCUCAAUGUCAUCUGAGUAUUUUGAAGCUGCAUUAUACAUUAACUAAUUGAAGCUGCAUUAAUUUGUAGGAUUCAGCACAGUAGAAAGUGAUGAAGGCUGCUGCUUUGGAUAACUUUAGAAGGGGAUGAGACAGAUUGAUGGAAGAGGGAGAGGCCUAUUAGCCAUGAUGGCUAAUUUGGAAUCUGUCUCUGGAUCCCUGUUGCUCUCACUUUUCUGUCCUGUUUUUGUGACCGUCUUGGGACAUAUCUGUCUGGUUAUGUGGAGUAGGCUGCUGGAAUGGAUGCUCGACAUUUGCUGAGAUCCAUCAGGGCUGCUCUGACUGGCAGCAGCUCCCCAAGGUCUUGGGCAGUGACGUCGUUCCCAACCUUUUUGGAAAGGUCUAAAAAUAAAACACUGUUAUGGCAUAUUGCAUGCGGAACAGGUUCAUGCUAAUUGUUCUUAAUGUUCUCCCAUCUUUUUUAAAAAAAAACAAAAUUCAAGUAAAACAGACUCUGAACUACAAAAGCCAGCUUAUUUUAACACAAACCACGACUACAGGCUGCUGGGCUCGAGAGGUUUGUCUUCAGCAAGGUUUUCGACUUCGUUGAAGCUGUGAGGAUUUGGAGGCGGGGCACUCUGUCCUGAAGCCAUCCUGCAGAACAGAGGGUUAAAAGUCUGUGUUCUGUAUGCAGAGCUGCUUAGCUCACUGCUGAAAAGCAGUUGUUUAGCUGCAGCCUGACCUCACUUCACUGAGCUAUGGCUUUUCCUCCCAGCAAGGGAAGUUGCCACAUCUCGAGUCAGACCAUUGGUUCAUUUAGCUCAGAAUAGUCUGUUCUUGACUGGCAGCAACUCUCCAGGGUCUUCGUCAGAGAGGGGUCUUUACCAAGACAUUAUACUGUUCGAGGCAAAGACAGGGUGGUGCAAAACCCUCCCUUUUCGGUGUAUAAAACCCACAUGGAGUAGCAGCGGAGUCUUUCGUCUGUCUACCACACUUAAGGGCAGCAGGCCUCCAAGGCCUUCCCUGCCUGCUGCCUGACUUCCUCUAACAGACAAGCUCAGUGCUAGAAAUUAGCCAGGCGCCAGGUGCGUUUUGCGACUGGUGCAGGUCCAAUUGCGACCACAUGGAGGUCUCUGGGUGCUGGGCUAGCAACUGACAUCUCCAUCUGGCUGGCCCCUCCAGUUUUCUUAAGCAGGUAAGCAGAAGAGCUUAUUUGUUGCAUUUAUAUCCCACCCUUUUCUCCAAGGAGUCCAUGGUUCACCUCCCCCUCCUCAGUUAAUCCCUACAACGGCCCUGUGAGGUAGGUUAAGAGGUUUCAACUGACUCAAGGUCACCCAGUGAGCUUCAUGGCUGAGUGGGGAUUGAACCCUGAUCUCCAAAGUACUAGACCAACACUCUAACCACUACACCACACUGGCUUCCUAGAGUCCUUCUGCUAUGGGGCAGCUCUAUAAAUCAGGUAGGUAAAUAAAUAUGGGGAAAGCAAAAUGUCACUUACAAAAGGAACUGAAAUAUUUUCUUUGAAGCUUGAAUUUGUUUUAAUCUGGAUUGUUUUAUUUGAUGUUUUAAUGUGUUGUCAAAUGUUGCUUUGGCUUUUUUUCUUUAAGAUCUAGAACAGUAUAGAAAUGAAAUGAACAGUAAUAAUAACAAAUCUAAACAUGCCGUUGUAGUGACCGCAACCUAGGUUUAAGGUGCCAUUUGGUGAUUAGCUUAUAUAUCUGAGUUUGGUCAGGCUGGCUCUGCCUGCUACCUGGGAUCCUUUAAACCAGCCUUUCUCAACCUGCGGGUCCCCAGAUGUUGUUGAACUACAACUCCCAUCACCCCUAGCUAGCAAGGCCAGAGCUCAGGGAUGAUGGGAGUUGUAUUCCAACAACAUCUGGGGACGGGACCCACAGGUGGAGAACUGCUGCUUGUUUGCUGGGGACUGAACCUAGGACCUUGUGUGUGUGCAAAGCAUGUAUGUGCUCUGCAGCUUCUCUUGUGUCCAGCAGCAAACAAACUGUUCAUGUGGGGCAAGCAGGUCAUAAUGUUUGGUCCUCAGUUGCCUGUGGCUGUAGUCCAUACAUGAGAUAAGAGUGUACAGGCAGCACUGACCCACCAAUGGGAGUUUUCGUCCCUUGUUCCAGACCACUUUGUAACUUUGUCUGCCACUCCUGUGCUCAGGUGCCCCCAGCGUGUAAGGAUCCCGAGAGUCGCAUGGGCCACUUGCCCACGUCUCCCAUCGCCUGGGAAUACCGUAUUUUUCGCUGUAUAGGACGCACCGUCCCAUAAGGCGCACCUAGUUUUUUUGGGGGGAAAUAAAGGGAAAAAAAUUAUUUCCCCCCAGGCACGGGCCUGGGGCGGGGGAAGCCCGAGCUUCCCCCGACCCCAGCCCCCAAACAGGCAGCUCUCUGCAAGCCGUGGGAGCCCAGCGCUGGCUCCCGCUGCUUGCAGAGAGGUGCGCGAAGCCUGCAUUCGCCCCAUAGGACGCACACACAUUUCCCCUUCAUUUUUGGAGGGGAAAAAGUGCGUCCUAUAGGGCGAAAAAUACGGUGAUUGCUAUGUUUUUGUGGUCAUUCUGCAUGUAGAUGCCAGAAUUCCCUAAGGAAGAGUAGGUAGUUGUUGGAGAAAGCCUAUUUUUCAAGCAUGCUUUCCUUUCUGGUGGCCCCAUAGAACGUUGUUCUCACAUUGGUGUGAGAGAAAUGGUUUCCUUCUCUCUCUCUCUCCUGCUCUCCCGCAAUCUCUGUUGGAAGCACAGCCCCUCAAUCCUGGAGCAUGGAUGUGGCCCUCGGGACUCUUCCAAGACUGUGCCACUGCUCUGCACCCUGUUCAAGGGCUUUUCCCUGGUUGGAAUGUACCAUUUAACUGUGGCAAUGCUUCUUGCCUAGCUGAAUAUAGAAUGGUUUGUAGAGAUCUCUGUUUCUUGUGUGGUUGGACUGUCGCCUACAGUAUGACGCUUUUGGCCCUCCAGAGGUUGUUAGACUUCGGUUCUCAUCAGCCCCAGUCAGUACACCUGUGGUUAGGGAAUUGUAAUUCAGUAGCAUCUAGGGGUCAAAAUGUCUCCCCUUCCCUGAUAUAAUGUUAACAGUUGCAUGUGUUGCUCUGCCCAUACCUUCCUCUGGCCCUGCACAUGUGGCCCCUGGAAGGUUGUCUGUGAGGGAAUGUGGCCCUUGAACUGCAAAAAUUUCCUUGCCUUCAUCCGUACUGCAAGAAAAAAACACCAAUAUUUAGUUGGGUUGUUUCUGUUCCCCUGCAAUCACCUAGUACAAAAUCUGGCCGUGCUUCAGCCCAUGGAGUACCGGGGCCUCUUUACUCUCCCAAGCAUUUUUUUUGGAAACAGGAGGAAGGGGAGACUGAUGAAAAACAGUGUCCCCCCACUGGCCACAGUGUCUUGUUAACUCAUGGGGGGCAAACCCAUCGUUUAGUUGGAUUUCUUUGUAUCUGAUUUGGUUAGCAUUGGCCACUGUGAAUAACAGCCUACUAACGAACAUAGGAAGUCAGGUCAUUAGCUCAUCCAGAUCCGUACUGUGUACACUGACAGGCAGCAGCUCUCCAGGGUUUCAGGCAAGGGAGCCUUUUCCCAGCAUGACCUGGAAAUUGAAGCUGGUGCCUCUGAGCUGUGGUCCUCCUCUCAAACUUAUUAGGUGUGGGUUUUAUGAAAUGUAUGCUGUCUCUGAUCCCUUGCGUUUGUAGGCAUUCUUGGUUAAAUGCGUCUACCAGGGUGCAAAUUUCCAGAGUUUUUGUGCCACUGUUUUUAGGCAGGGCUGCACAGAUUUAUGCCACUUUAUAAAGCUUGGCUUCAUUCUUGUUGAAAACUGGUGUGGUCUUGGGGCCAGAAUCUGAGCCCGAGGACGAGGAAAGACCCUGCUGGUUACCAGCUCUGAGGGUUGCUGGAUGCAGCUCAGCUGGAGAAUGUCGCUGCCCUGCUCUGAGAUGCCAACUUGUCAAAGUUCCCUUUUUCUUUUCUUUUUUUGUUGCAACACCAACCUGUAACUUUCCAUUGGUCAUGGAAACUUUCCUUGAGGAGAUGGGUUUUAUCAAAGGCUUUUUCACCCAAAGCUGAGAACAAGCUUGGAACUCUCCCCUUUGAGAACUGGCGUGAGUCUGAGGGAUUUGAGGAGUGGACUUUGCACCUGGGACAUGCGAGUCCUCGCAAGCUGAUGGUUUUAAGAAGGCAAUUUGUACCGGGACGUGGGGCAGAACUGGGAGAAAGAUACUUGACCCCUUGGCUUAAGGCAGGGGUGGCCAACUCCCAAGAGGCUGUGAUCUACUCACAGAGUUAAAAACUGGCAAUGAUCUGGCAGUUCGGGUCAAAGUUGGUGAGCUUUGGGGGGAGCCAGUGAUCUGCCACAGACAUCCAGUGAUCUACCGGUAGAUCAUGAUCUACCUGUUGGACAUGCCUGACUUAAGGGAUUAGGAGUUGGUUCUUCCGUGUUAAUCACAAAAGGGGAUGUGUUGGCAAAAUGUGGCUGGGCCAUCUGCUUGCUCGUUUCCUUAAAAAAAACCCUUUUUUUCUUCUUCUCUCCACUCCACAGAGUUCUACCUUGUAAAUACUGUUAUUUGUAUAUACUGUAAAUGAUGACAUCGGUGGGCACUAACCGAGCCCGGGGAAGCUGGGAGCAGACGCAGAACCAGGCACAGCACAAACAGAGGCCACAGGUGAGGGUGGAGCAGGCCAGGGUGUCCAUGGAAACCAGUUGGCUUUGGGAGGGGAGGAGUCCUCUUGGCUCCCUCACCUUUUCCUUUUUUCCGUUGUGACUAAGAGCACGCUGGCCUAACGUCUUUCCCACGAGACAAAGGAAAACUCCUCCGCACCCUUUCGGGCUGCUCUUAGCUUGCAUGCUUAGGAGCUGAGGCAAAGUUCUGGCUUUGUGGGCAAACACAGGAAGAAUCAGUGCUCAAACUUUCUUGAUACGUGUGGCAGGUGAAAGGACUAAUUUCCCGGCCACUGACGCUGAACCUGUUGGGAUAUCUGGAUAAAACAUCUGGUUGCCUGGGCAGUGAAAAGCUUUUGAAACCUCCCGCGUUGAUAAGCCCAACCAGUUGCCUAUUAAUUACAGUUUUCAAACGUUUGGGUUUUUUUCAGUUGUGACACAAAGAGGGGAAGAGAGGCUGGAAAAGGGGACAAUAUCGUAUCCUUUCUGUUCCAGAACCUCUGCUUUUCCAUUAAUCUGCAUUCCAUGGAAGCAUGUUGUGCUAUUGAUAUGUAUAAGAAAUAGAAAAUUAAUACCAAAUUCAUAAGAGAGGCAAACAUAGAGGAGUUGAGCUCUUAUGUUGAUAACCACAACAAGCCUUUCUCCUUGUUUAACAGAGAUUAGAACACGACUGAAUGACAUGAUGAGAGAGAAUUUAAAUAUAUCUCAUCCCUACUUUAGACUAAACUCUGGAUCCUCACCCUUAACUGAGGACUAAAACCUCUCAGUCUUGGUCCCAGUGUGUUAGUCUCAGCAUUAGUCCCAGUGUAUUUGUACUCCGCUUCUUAGCCAAAAAGCAGAGCAGCUUACACAAACCAGUCCCUGCUCCUUGGGUUUACAAUCUUAAAGCAAGGGUGGGUUAGGGAGAGAAGAAGCAAGCUCGGGUGCAAAUUCUUAAAGUUACAGUUCUGAAUAAUGUAGUUAUAUAGUUGUAUCUGUGCAGUUAUAUAGUUGUGUCUAUAUGAGAAAAUUCCUCCCUAUCAGCUCUGGAAGCUGAGCAGGUGAUUAAUAUCUAAGCCAGUAGGGCAGGGCUUUGCGCAGCUCUUCCCUCGUAACUUGAUGGUGGGAGCUUUGUGGCUUUGCCCUCCUCCCUCGCUGAUGUCUGCGGUUGCCUGGCCUUGGAAGUACCCAAUUCAGAUCUGAGGGCAGAGCAAAUGGCAGUGUCCAGCUCAUUCUUUACUCAGGCAGCUUCCCUGCUCCCGGCCAGACGCCCCACUUACAGGGCUAACUUGUUGUCUUUCUGCCCUGUUUCAUUCUAACACUUCCACCUCUGGCCCCUGUCUCCACAGGCCACUGCAGAGCAAAUCCGACUUGCACAGAUGAUAUCCGACCACAACGAUGCUGACUUUGAGGAGAAAGUGAAACAAGUAGGUUUUUUGGGACGCUGGAGGACGUGAGGAGAGGGGAAGACUCUCCAAGGAGAGUGUGCCUUUUAACUCCUUGCCCCGCCAGCUGUCUUUGAUGUCUCCUGGGAGAGAGGAACACGAUGGACACACUCAUGGCUGCUUUGGAUAGCUUGAGGGAGGCACUUGGGUUCAGGGGUUUGAAGUCCUGUGACUGGUGACAGGUCCCAGCCUUAUGCUUUGUUGCUUCUCCCUCGGCAGCUGAUCGACAUCACGGGCAAGAACCAGGAUGAGUGUGUCAUCGCCUUGCACGACUGCAAUGGGGACGUCAACAGAGCCAUCAACGUGCUGUUGGAAGGCAACCCGGACACGGUAAAUCUGCGGCUUUGCGGGGCUCAGUUAGCAGAGUGGAGUUGCAGGUUGCAAAGACCUUUUUUAUUCUCUGCUGGGCGAAGGGAGUAGCGUUGGGGAGGGGAGAAGAGCAGCCCAGGUGUCUCAGAAGAUGAGGCAGCUCAAGGCAUGCCCCGUUCUCCUGUCUGUGCUAGACUACAAUUCCCAUCAUCCCUCAUGACUGGCUGUGUUGACUGCAGCUGAUGUGAGUUUGAAAGAGGAGAGAGAGAGAGAGAGAGAGAGAGAGAGAGACCCAGGAGAAAAGCUGACAGAGUGAGGCAGAUCUGCGGAGGGGAGAUGUUGAAAAGUCAGGUCAUGGGGCACUCUAAAAUCUGUGUAGGAUUCUGCAGUUUAAAUUAAAGUUAAGUGUGGGUCUAAGGCAGGGAGGGAGAACAGCAGCCCGAGGGACUGCAUGCCCCACACCAGGCCUCUCAGCUUAGCCCAGGGGUCAGCAAACUUUUUCAGCAGGGGGCCGGUCCACUGUCCCUCAGACCUUGUGGGGGGGCCGGAAUAUUUUUUGGGGGGGGGUCAACGAAUUCCUAUGGCCCACAAAUAACCCAGAAAUGCAUUUUAAAUAAAAGCACACAUUGUACUUAUGUAAACACACACUGAUUCCCGGACCGUCCGCAGGCCAGAUUUAGAAGGCGAUUGGGCCGGAUCCGGCCCCCGGGCCUUAGUUUCCUUACCCAUUGCUUAGCCCUUGGAACACUUCCCAGGCCACACCGCUCCCUAGCCCUGCUUGGCAUCCCAAGCGUUUGUGGGUGGCUGGAAUGUGUCCUUGAGCUCUGAUAAUGCCUCUCAUCUGUAUGGGUGACAGAGAGGGGUGUGUUUGUACAUUUAUUAUGCACCCACUUUUGCCUAACCCUGGCAUGUGGCCCUUGGAAGGUUCCCCAGGCGGAAAUGCAGCCCUUGGGAAGAAACAGGUUUCCUACCCCCAACCUGAGAAGACUGAGGAUGACUCACCUGUUUAUCGGCCCCGGCCCAGAUCUUGCGGUUCUCCUCUCCUGACAUUCACGGCCCCCUCUGCAUACUGCUUCUAGUUGUCAAAAUAUUCUGCUGUCUUCACUUCCAGUGUUGAUUCCUUCUAUGAAUUCUCAUUUUAGAAAUGUGAAAAAAUGAAACAUGGUUGAUGCAAUUAUGCUUUCUGCGCCCACCUCCCCCUCAAAAAAUGUCCAGAACUGAACUGGAAUUUUAACUCUAGUCGAUAUCUAGCAGGUUUUUCUUUCUUUUUUUCAAUGAAAUUUUUAUUUUCCCAAAUAAAACUUUAUAAACUUUUAAAAGCAACAAUCAGUUCUACAAUGGUUCUACAAUACCAUCUUUGCAACUAAUCUAAAAUGUACGAACACACCCGGUACACUGUUUUAUAGUGGUCAGCACAAGUAUAUCUGCAUCUUUCCUGUUUGAAAAAUAAUAUUUUUUGUAAAGGAAUAUUUUUUUUAAUAAAAUGGCAGUCACCAACUUCAAUGAAACCCGUAGAAUGUUUCUUGCAUGCAUCUGUGAAAUUGAACGUGUGUUAUGUGCGUGGAGAGUGGGAAUAAAUCUUGCCUCUCCCUUCGCAGCACUCCUGGGAGAUGGUUGGGAAGAAGAAGGGGGUUUCAGGACAGAAAGACAGCGGGCAGACGGAACCCAGUGAAGAAAGCAAAGAGAACCGAGAGAGGGAGCGGGACUUCAGCCGGCGACGAGGUGGAUUGCCAAGAAGGGGCCGAGGGACGAGCCGUGGAAGAGAGUGUACGAGUUGCGACUUUGUGUGGAAUAGCUGCCGGUGUGGGGUGGGGCAGUGAGAUGAGAGGAAAGGUAGCAGGUGGUUAAAACCUCACGGCCAGAGAUGUGCAGCGUGGGGGCAGUUAUGGCUUCCCUGUCUUCCCUGUCAUACCUGGCAUUGCCGUGCACGGAGCUUGAAAAAUAACAGUCACAUUUUGAAUUCCUGCUCCACACUUCCUUUAUUUUUUAAUAGUUAGCUCUGCUUGGGCAUCAACAAAAUGUUUCAAACAUCCAGGUGUUUUGGGUAAUUGGGAUCCUUAGGGCUUUUUGUUUUUUAAAAUUGAGACCUGUUUUAUACAAAUGCCGUUUCACAAGCCAACUGUGAAGAUAUGUUUUGCUUGGGUGUUUGUAUCUUCUUUAAAACAACAAAAAAGACCACCCAACACCCUUUACAACAUCUGUUUCGCAACCUAUGGGUUGUGUUUUAUUUUCAUCUGAAGACCACGUAUCUCCAUUCCUUUAAAAGCAGAUGGUUCAUUCUAAAGACCCUCAAGGGAAAUUGAGGACGCUGAGUCUGUAAAAUUUAGACACGAGCCUAUUGCAGGGCAGGGCUGGGAAAACUGGAACGGUGUGACGUGGGUUGCUUCUCCUGCAGUAGAGGAAGGGGAUCAUGUGUGGAUUGUCACCGCCCAUCUCUCCCCUGGCAAGAGGUUGAACUUCCGAGAGGGUGCACCUGGUGGGCAGGGCAAACCCUUGGCAAAGCCAGCUUCUGCCAGCUUCUCUGCAGCUCGCACAAGAAUCCUUAAUUCAUUCAGCACAGCACUCAAGCCUUGCACCCCCCCCCAUGCACUCAACACACUGGAAACUUACUAGUGUGGUUUUGUGUCUUCCAGUUCGGGGCCAGGAGAAUGGACUGGACAGUGGCAAGACAGCCGGACCCACUGGAAGAGGCACAGAGAGAGGGCGACGAGGCCGCGGGCGAGGCAGAGGUGAGAGAGGUGGCUCAGCAGCCUGGAUAGCUUUUACAAAGAGGACUGGAAAUUACCAUGGAGGAUACUGCUGCCAGUGGCUACUUGGCACGGUGGCUGUUUUCUCCCCAUACUGUCGGAGGCAGGCUGUCUCUUGAUAACCUGUUUCUGGGAAUCAGGUGUGGAAAGUGAGACUUUCAGGCUUCCCUUGCUUAGCUUGUCCGCUUUGAGAACAGGAUGGAUCAGAUGCACUCUUUGUAAGACCAUAAAAUCAGGUGAUUGAGUGGUGUAUAGAAUUAAGUAUGGUGUGGAGGAAGUUGACCUAGAGAGGUUUUCCUCUCUUAGCACUAGAAUUCAGGCUCAUCAAACAAACGUCGGAAGACUCAGGACAGACAAAGAAUAAAUAAAUCCUGAUUUAAAGUGCCUUUAAAUCCAUCCCUCCUGCCAUACUGUGGGCUGCAUACCAGUAGACCCUUUCUGGCUCCUUCAUAGCUAUAAAGGGGGGACAGCGUAUGCUACAGCAAGUCUUGGCAUCGUUGGCCAACUGAGUCCUGCAGCUGUGAUAGCUGACGGGCCGCCUCCGGUGAUCAAACAAACAAGGUGUUCGAUUCCUAAUGCGAGUGCACCUGAAACCAGGCAGGGGAAGUUGAAGUUUCAUUCCCACAUAGGGAACCUUCUGGGGGCCACAGUGCCCCUCAACCCUGGCCCUCAGCCAUGCCUGCUGCAGAUGGUCAGAGUUGGGAGCCCAAUAACUGGAGGGUCGCAGGUUCUCCACAUCUAGAAUAUCCCACGUUCUCCCACCUUCAUUGUGGAUUUGAAGUCUGGCACUAGUCCAGCUCUCAGUCUCAAUUGGGUACCUACAAGGUGGGUGGUUGUAUCAGUAGGCUCAUUUGUGUUUUGCUUUAAAGCAAGGCUGGGGGCCCUCUGUCUCUGCCCCCCAAAGUUGUUGGGGCGGGGCUGACUUAUAUCAUCCCCAACCAACAUCAGCGAUGCAUGAUGGAAGUUGUAGUCCCAUCCUUGGUUCAAAGGAGUGAAAUUGGUGGGGAAAACGAGAUGGGUGAAGAUAGAAGACUUUUAAAAAUCUGGUUUAGUUUACCUGGAGGUGUAUCCUGGGUCCAGUAAGGUUUAAAGCUGCCUGUUUUUUUGUUGUUGCAGGUGGAUCUGGAAGGCGGGGAGGAAGGUUUUCAGCCCAAGGCAUGGGGUAAGCUUCGCAGCCUUUGUCUUAACUCUAAUCUUGGGCGGGAUGGGCAGAGGAAGGGAGUUUAUCUGUGACCAGAUGACACUCACCUGUGGCCUGGAUAGGGGGAGGGAAGAGACUAAAGGGUCAAAGCAGGACAGACGUGCCCUUGAGAUGUACGCUCAAAUUCCCCUUUCCUCACCCACCCUGUCUUCCAGAACUUUCAACCCUGCGGACUAUGCCGAGCCCACGAGCACGGAAGAAGGCUACGGGAACAGUAACAGCAAUACAUGGAACAACACCGGGAGCUUUGAGCCGGACGACGGCACGAGUAAGUGACCUGGGCGCAUUGUGCUGCCGCAGUUUGGGGCCAGAGUUCAGCUCCUGUCAGUAAAAAGGCCAGCAAGUGGGUCCCCUUCAAUACAGCUUGCCAUUCUUCAACAUAAAGGGUUGCAUUUUAUCAAGUCAGCCUGUUGGUCCAGCCAUCCCAGUAUUGCCUAGGCUGGUUGGCAACAGCACUCUGGGUGUUGCAGGUAGACAUCUUCCCCAGAGAUCCCUUUAUGUCAACACUGCCCAAACCUGUAGUCCAACAACAGCUGGGAACCCAACUCCCAUCAUCCCUAGCUAGCAGGACCAGUGAUCAGGGAUGAUGGGGGCUGUAGACCAACAACAGCUGGGGACCCAAGUUUGAAAAACACUGUUUUAAAUGGAGACUGUGGGUGGGGGGAGAGAACCACCAUUCCCAGUACCUGCCCUGCCGCUGAGCGAUGACCAGCCAUGCCCCUGUGUGAUUGAAGUCACCCAAUUCUGCCACCUAGAGCCACUUAAUCAUAGGGACGUGGGUGGCACUGUGGGUUAAACCACAGAGCCUAGGACUUGCCGAUCAGAAGGUCGGCAGUUCGAAUCCCCGCGACCGGCUGAGCUCCCGUUGCUCGGUCCCUGCUUCUGUUAACCUAGCAGUUCAAAAGCACCUCAAAGUGCAAGUAGAUAAAUAGGUACCGCUCCGGCGGGAAGGUAAAUGGCGUUUCCAUGCACUGCUCUGGUUCACCAGAAGCGGCUUAGUCAUGCUGGCCACAUGACCCGGAAGCUAUACGCCGGCUCCCUCGGCCAAUAAAGUGAGAUGAGUGCUGCAACCCCAGAGUCGGCCACGACUGGACCUAAUGGUCAGGGGUCCCUUUACCUUUAGAGCCACUUAAUGGCUAUCCAGUUUCCCCAUCAUGCCAUUAAACCCAGCCAUUUUACUUGUGCUUGAUGCUGUAAAAAAAUGGCUGGUUUUAUUUCAGUUUAAAACUGCUUUGGGUCGCAGUCACAAUCCACGUUAAGCGCUUCUGAUCUGUUUUAGUAUUUUCAAUUGCAAAACCUGUGGGGAAAGUUGCAUUGGAGUUUGAGGGUCUCGCUGGCAAGUCCUAGUGCAGGGUUGGAGAGCCUGUGGCACCCUGCAAGCCUCUGGACUCCCAGCUCCUAUCUUCCCUGAGCUUUAGCCACACUGGCCGGGGCUGGUGGGAGCUGGGAGUCUCAGCAUCAUCUAAGUGCAUCCCAUCAUCUCCCCCUGGUCUUUAGAAUGUGGUGGUUAACCUCCACUGGGCAGGGGUGAGUUGGGUCUGCCAGCCUAUGAUUUUAAUGAAGGUUUCCCAAGAAAGGGAAGAAACAUAUUCUCCACCCACCGUUCCACUGCACACCCUUUUCAUCUCUUUCAGCAACAGCAUAACUUCAGGGAACUGAAGUGUUGAAUGCAGGAAGCUGCCUUGUAACGGCUUAGACCAGAGCUUCCGAAACUUGAGUCUCCAGCUGUUUUUGGACUCCCAUCAUCCCUAGCUAGCAGGAUCAGUGGUCAGGGAUGAUGGGAAUUGUAGCUCAAAAACAGUAGGGAGACCCAAGUUUGGGAAAUCCUGGUCCAUCUAGCUCAGUACUGUCUACACUGACCGGCAGGCAACCCCCUCCCAGGGUUUCAGGCAGAGGGAGGCCUUUCUGCCAGUCCUACCUGGAAAUGCCCUUGGAGAUUGAACCUUGCCUCUGAGCUCUGGCCUUCCUCCAUAGAAGAAGACAACAGUGUCUUUCUGGUUGGACCAAAAGACCACUUGAGGUUUUUGAGGGAAGGUUCCCUUACCUGGGUGUGCAGUAGAAAUGUAGAAGCGGGGAGAGAACUGCAGUGUCUUAACUUUUCUCUUGGAAGUAGAUCCCGCCGUUCUUUGUGUGUCCUGAGCUAAGAAAGGGGGACCGUUAAAAGUUGUCGCUGGAAGGGGACGACCCUUUUCAUUGGCCCCCAAGGAGGGUUUACUUGUCCACAGUGUCUACAGAACGCACUCCUCAUUUCAUACUCCCAUGAUUAGUUUGUAGUAUUAAGUAUAUUUUUUUAAUUUUAACAAUAUCCACAGGUAUGGUGGGCGGCAGAGUAGUCUUGGGGUGGGGAAGGGGGUGGCGGCAGCAGCAGCAGCGGCAGAAUCGCCUCGCUUUUCUCAUUUCUUAGAAUACAAAACCGUUUUCACUGUUUUUACCCCGUUCUUUUUUUUUCUUUUUCUUUUUUUUCUGUUUCUUUUCAGGAGUUGAUUACAUUAGGGGUGAGGGGUCAAAUUAUCCCCGAAAAUUUGACACUGCUCCUGGUACGAGAAAUCCAGGUGCACUAAUUGCCCGGGAUCUCUUUAUUUAUAAGUUGGAAUAUAUCUGUGGAUAUGUCAUUGUCUCGUUCCUCCCACUCCACAACCCCUGCCCUCCUCCAUCUCUUUCCAUCUUGGUUUGGUUUCAUUUAAUGAAUAUGUGUACGUUCUUGCCUGUGCUUUUACUAACACUGACACCCCACCCCACCCCGCCUUCCCCACACCUCUGUGUUUUUGAGGGGAGGCGGGGUUUGGGCUUCCAUGUGUUGUGUUUUUCUGUGUUUGGUGGGGGUGGGGAGAUGAGUUUGCUUUCCUGGCUGUUUUGAUUGCACCCUCCACCGGCUGUGGCUGCCCCUGUUGUGGUUCCCCUCUCCUGGCUCUUUAAAGCUCUUGCAUCUUGAUUCGAAGGCCAAGUUUCCUUGGGACAUAAGCUCAGAAUGGCCUUGUCAGUUCAGACCAAGGAGUCCAUCUAUAUUUCUGGGUUUUUUUGGGGAUGGGGACCAGCUAGGUGCCUCUGUUGAGCUCUCACAAGUGGGACUGAAGGUGACAGUCCCCCAGUAUCUGGCAUCCACCAAUACACUGCCUCUAAACACAGAGGUUCCAUCUAAUUGGCCUUCUGGGGAGCCAGUGAUGAGGCAAUUUCUGCUGCAACGCCUUCCUCAAGAUCUACAGAUGGUUCGUUUGCAGUUCCAACUGGUGGGUAGUUAACACUGGUGGGUUCUUACAACCUCCUGGUGGGUUGCUGGCCAGUUGCUGGCAGGCAGCUGAGAUUUCUUGCAGAGAAAGUUGGGCAAGGCCUUGGUCUGAUGCUGUGAGGCCAUUUCUUAUGUUCUUAAGCAAGAGCGCAGACUUGGGAUCACUGAAGACAGGUUAGGGAUCACUUGACCAUGAAGAGAUCCUGAGUUAAUCCCCUUCUGCAACUUCUAAAAAACUCACCGAUAGCCUGACUUGCGGGUGCAGAGUAGGGGGGGGGAAUGGACUAUGAAGAGGAAGCAGUCCUGCUACACAAGUCGGGUUUGCUAGCCAUCCAGGGACCAAGUAUGUGCAGACUUCUGCAGAUUUGGUGAAUGCUGACAGGGUGUUGAAUCUAGUGAAGGUCUUGUGCAAGUAAAACCGCUCGAGCUGGCCCAGUGGAAUUUCUCCUGGCACGCCCCCUUGUUCUACUUUUUUGGGGGGGGGGCUGGAAGAAACCCCAGAGCAUAUUGGGGAGGUGGGGGACGUGGGAGGCAGGACUCCCAGCUUGCAUCAUCUCUGGCCCUUGGCCGUGCUGGCUGGAGCUGAUGGGAGUUGGGGGCCCCCGGGGGUUACGCACCUGGAUUAGACUGAGAGAAAGUGUGGGACUGCUCCAAGGUCUCUCGACGAGCUUCAUGCCUGAGAAACGUAGCUGGGGGCGGUGCGUGCUUCAAGUCUCCCCGGUCCAACUCCCAGCUGUAGUGCCUUGCAGAGUUUUCUUUUUCCCCCAGUUUCAAGUCUUCAUAUCUUUUCCCUUGCACUUUUGGCUAAUGGCGCUAUGUGGGUUUUUUAAAAAGCAAAACACGCCUUCAGGAGCCAGCAGAGUGUAUGCAUGUUUUUAAAUGCCCAUAGUCAAUAAAUGAAGAUUUCAAGGAACAGGGAAGUGACCUGAACAGCAGCAGGGGGGGCAGGGGGCUUUUUUACUUUGAGACGGUAAAAGACCCGCCUUCGCUUUCAUAGGGCUGAAAGCAAAUUUUUGCAGGGGGAGACAUCUGAGCAAGUCUCUUGCAGGAUGCACGAGCAUCGUGUAGUAUUGAGUUAUUUAUACACUGCUUAGACGCUUGUAAUUAAGCAGUUUAUAAAUCCGUAUGAACACACAGGUAUGCACAAACGAAACCUUCCGUUGACUUGACCAUUUUGCACUGAUCCUAACCUGGUGGCUGCGAUCUUCUGGGAAAAUUGGGCUUUUGCAGGACUUUGGGGAGGGGCAGUGGCAGGAGGAGGGUGGAGAGAUGCCACAUUUGAUUGCAAGAGAGCAGUGGAACUGGGCAGGGGGCAUGUAGAAUAUCAGUAGGGCUGUCCAUCACCGUUUGUUCCUAAGGGAAGAGAGUUUCAGGACAGGGUCAAGGAAGACAUCUCUUUUCCCCACAGUGAUUCCAGGGUCCAGCCUCUUUGCUUUGGGGUUCAGUGGGUGGGGGAGCUUGCGUGGUGUGCCCAUAUUUUUCCUCCUCUCCCCCCUCCCCCCACCCCAAGCUUGUGUCUGUCUGGGCGAGGGGCACCAACCUGCUUAGCUGCUUGCAAUGCUUCUUGAAAAUCACCCCCUUUUCCCGGGAAGCACCCAGGAUCCGCUUGUACCAAACCCCCUCUCUGCUUUGUUCUUUGCCAGGUGCGUGGAGGACGGCGACGGAGGAAUGGGGGACCGAGGACUGGAAUGAAGAUGUAGGUACAACCCAGCUCUUGCGUCGCUUCCCUUUCUGUGUGCACUUUGCCUUCUCUGACUUGGGAUCACCCUAACUAACUUCCUGCCUCUCCUUUCCUUCCCCAGCUUUCAGAGACCAAGAUCUUCACUGCCUCCAACGUCUCCUCUGUGCCUCUGCCUGCGGAAAAUGUGACCAUCACGGCUGGACAGAGGUGGUCCAUUUGCGCCUGCCACAGUAGCUGGGUUUCAGUUUAGAAAUGAGUUUCUUUUUGGUGGCGGGGCUGGGGGAGAGAGCAGGGGAAGAAAGCAAACAACCAUUUCCCUAGCCAGGAUGUGGCGGACAGGCCUGUAGUCCUCCAGAUGUUGCUGGACUCUCCAACUCACUUCAGCCCUGGCCGUACAGUGGUACCUCGGGUUAAGUACUUAAUUCGUUCCAGAGGUCCGUACUUAACCUGAAAGUGUUCUUAACCUGAAGCACCACUUUAGCUAAUGGGGCCUCCCACUGCCACCGUGCCACCGGAGCACGAUUUCUGUUCUCAUCCUGAAGCAAAGUUCUUAACCUGAAGCACUAUUUCUGGGUUAGCGGAGUCUGUAACCUGAAGUGUAUGUAACCUGAAGCAUAUGUGACCCGAGGUACCACUGUAUGACUAGAGGUCAGGCAGGGCUGUGUCAGGCCACCCUGGGAAGAAUUCAGAGGUGUGCUAUUACGAUCCUUCCAUCAACGGAAGCCAUUCUGCUUGCCAAAUAGAACAAUCUUACUGCUUCUCUCACCGUCCCAUGUACUGUUCUGGGUUUUCUUGCUCCCGUCCCCCAAGCUGACUCCUACCAAUUGUUGCACUGGCUCCUACCAAUGCAGUUCUUGAGUCCUCUCCAUCUGGCCCUUGGGACUCUUCCACCCCCCCAGAUUGCACAACAUCCAGAGGCACAUUCCUCACCAUCAGUCCUCCUUUGCGCUCUUCUUGGGAGUUUUUUGUCUGGCUGGAAUGUGUCCUUGAGCUCUGAUAAAGCUGUUUUUGCUUCCCAGGAUGGAGGAUAGAGAUAGGGUUGCAUGUGUAAAAACUAGGCUGCUGCACAGAGGGAAAAUCAACAUUCCUUGCUCUGUCCACAUUUGCCUCUGGCCCUGCCGAAGCUCUACGAUGUGGCCCCCAGAAGGGGCGUCCCUCUGCCUGAAAAGCAAAAAAACAAAAACCCAACACAAAACCCACAACUUUCUCCCCGAGGUGUAAGGUCUUUUGUGCCCGGGUUUCUGUGUGCAUCUGCUUCCCAGGACCAUACUGUAGCAUGCACUGAACACGAGCAAAUCCACUGUGGAUGCCAGAUCAGAGACUAAAGCAGCCACCGCCGAUGGCUGGGUUAACACAGGCUGCUGGGAAAUGUAAUCCAAAACAUCCAUGUUGGCGCAGGCGGCAUCAGAUGCAUCCAGCCACCUCAGCAGCCUGCUGGUAUGCCCAAGAUCCUCUGCCAGCCCUGCCUGAUUCUGCACUGCACAGUAAUUCUGUGCACAAGCAGAUCAAAGAAUUGUAGAGUUGGGAGGGACCCUGAGGGUCAUCUAGUCCAACCCCCUUCAAUGCAGGGAAUCUCAGCUAGAUCAUACGUGACAGGUGGCCAUCCAACCUCUGCUGAAAACCUCCAAGGAAGGAGACUCCGCCACCUCCCGAGAGAGAGAGCCCAUUCCACAGUUCUUAACCAUCGGAAAGUUCUUCCUGAUGUUUAGUUGGAAUCUCCUUUCUUGCAGCUUGAAUCCAUUGCUUCAGGUCAUACCUUCUGGAGCAGGAGAAAACAAGGUUGCUCCAUCCUGCAUGUGACCCCCCUUGAGAUAUUUAAAGAGACAGCUAUCAUAUCUCCUCCCAGUCUCCUCCUUUCCAGGCUAAACAUACCCAGUUCCUUCAACUGUUCCUCAUAAGGCUUGGUUUCCAGAUCCUUGAUCAUCUCGAUUGCCCUCCUCUGCACACGUUCCGGCAUGUCAACAUCCUUCUUAAACUGUGGUGCCCAUAACUGAACACAGAACCCCAGGUGUGGUCUGACCAGGGCAGAAUAGAGCAGUACUGUUAUCUUCCUGGAGUUGCACACUAUACAGUCAUGCCUCAUGUUAUGUCCGCUUCAUGUCACGUUCUUUCAGGUUACGUCCCGUGGCGACCCAGAAGUACCGGAAAGGGUUACUUCCGGGUUUCGCCACUUGCGCAAACGCGCAAAAUGACAUCACAUGCAUGCGCAGAAGCGGCAAAUUGCAAUCCGCGUGUGCACAGAUGCGCUGCUGUGGGUUGUGUUCUUUUCGUGUUACGAACGGGCUUCCGGAACGGAUCCCAUUCGCAAACAGAGGUACCACUGUACUUUUGUUGAUGCACCCCAGAAUAGCAUUGGCUUAUUUUGCCGCUGUUAACUCAUGCUCAGUUUGUGGUCUACUAAGAUCCCUAGACCCUUUUCACAUGUACUACUGGAAACCCAGGUGUGCCCCCCAUCUUCACAUUUAUGCAGCUGGUUCCUCCUGCCCCAAGUGCAGAACCUGACAUUUGAUCCUAUUGAAAUUCAUUUUGUUAGCUUUAGCCCUGGCAUGGGGCAUCCCUUUUGGUGCAGGAACAGUGGUGGGCCGGCCAGGCCACUCACCCAGCCCCUCGCUCACGGUGACGCUUCUGCCUCCUUCCUAGAAUCGACCUUGCUGUGCUGCUAGGAAAGACCCCUUCUUCUCUGGAGAACGAGUCGCCCAACCUGGAUUCCUCGCAGGCACCUGCCCUCAGCCAGCCGCUGGUGUUCAGCAAUUCCAAGCAGGCUCCUAUAUCCCAGCCCAGUUCGGGGAACACCUUCCCGCACCACGGCAUGGUAAGGAAAUGGACAAGCCUCUGAACCUUGCGGCCGUGCACGUGUUGUAUUUAGAAGAGUUCAGCCUCUUGGUCCCCAUCUGGGGCUGCUGCGUUGUUUUGCCCAGCCAAAGCCGCCAUGCGCCUGCUUCAGCCGGCCUUCCCUUCCUGCCGUUUCAGGUCGGCAUGCUGGGAAAGGGGUUCAGCGACGUCGGCGAGGCCAAAAGCGGCGGCGGAGGCACCGCAGUCUCUGCCUCCGCUGCCACCACCACCACCGGCUCGCAGUUCCUGGAGCAGUUCAAGACGGCCCAGGCGUUGGCUCAGCUGGCAGCUCAGCAUCCUCAGCCAUCCGGGAGCAGCAGCGCGGCCACGUCCUGGGACAGCGGCACCACGAGCCACUCCUCGUCUCUCGUGCAGUACGGUAAGGUGGAAGGGGGCAGCUGGAGGCUGGAGGAGUCUUGUGGAUGGGGAGAGUGUUGGAAUGCGCAGUUCACUGUUGCAGCCCUGGCAUGGCUGCUCUGAAUGCCCCCAAAUCCUGAAUCUGCUUGAGGAUCUUUUGUUGAGUUAAUAACUGCUUCUUAGUACAGUGCCAGCGUGGUGUAGUGGUUAAGAGCGGUAGACUCGUAAUCUGGGGAACCGGGUUCGAUUCCCCGCUCCUCCACAUGCAGCUGCUGGGUGACCUUGGGCUAGUCACACUUCUCUGAAGUCUCUCAGCCCCACUCACCUCACAGUGUGUUUAUUGUAGGGGAGGAAGCGAAAGGAGAAGGUUAGCCGCUUUGAGACUCCUUCAGGUAGUGAUAAAGCGGGAUAUCAAAUCCAAACUCCUCCUUCUCUUCUUCUUCUUCUUCUUCUUCUUCUUCUUCUUCUUCUACAGUGGUACCUUGGUUCUUGAACAGCUUAGUUGUCGAACAAAUCAGGACCCGAACACCGCAAACCCGGAAGUAAGUGUUCCGGUUUGCGGACGUUUUUCAGAAGCCGAACGUCUGACGCAGCUUCCGUUUGAGUGCAGGAAGCUCCUGCAGCCAAUCGGAAUCCGCACCUUCGUUUUUGAACGGUUUUGGGAGUCGAACAGACUCCCAGAAUGGAUUACGUUCAAGGUACCACUGUAUACCUACCUCCAUAUCUGGCCACUCCAGCAGCCAGAAUUAAAUCUGUAAAGAACGCUUAUUUAUUUCGCAUUUAUAUCCCACCUUCUUUUUGCCUCUAAGGAGCUGCACUCUGCCCCCCCCCUCAUUUAAUCCCCCACAACAACUCUGUGAGGUUGGUGAGGCCGAGAGGCAGUGACUGGCCCAAGGUCCCAGGCAACAAGUUUAAUGGUUGAGCGGGGAUUUGAACCCUCGUCUUUCCCAGGUCCUAGUCUGGCACUCUUAACCACUAAAACACUCUUGCCCUGCACCUCUGGUGGUACGGUUUGUCAAAGCCUUUGAACUGACCUUAGAGGCCAGGGUGGAAUUUAAAAAAAAAAGAUUAAAAAUAUAUUUUUUAAGAAUUAUGAGUGCUAAGAUUUUUGUCCUAAGCAAUAAUUGGUUCAUUUUAAGUAAUCUAGAUAGAAGCAUGUUAGCCCUACUACUUAUCACUAAACUGAACUAGUUCCUCUACCAGAUACACUGAGUUUAUUGAGGCUUUUUUCUGUGUCAAUGAGCAUUUCUCAAAUUUGAAUAUUUUUGCAGAAACUGAUUUCAUCGGUCUCCCAGACCAGAAAGCCAUUCCAUUUUUCAUUUGGUAUUCGCACAUCUAGGUCCAUUUCCCUCAACAUUUUUGUGUACAAUAGAUUGCCGCAUUCUAGUGUAAAUUGAGGAAGCUCUACGACAAAACAAUUGAAAUGUCCCCUGCGCUAGCACUACUUGGGCUUAGGAUCCCAUCUGCUCAUAAUUAUCCUAAAGAAUCACCUCUUAGCCUUUCUGUUGACUGCGGCCCGUAUGGAGAUAGCCAGGUAUUGGAAAACCAGUGUUGGGUUGAAUAUUGAUUCUUGGUUUGACAGAGUCAGCAUUGGCUGAGAAACUAACAUGCCAGGUGAGAGCGACAAAGGGCAAACGCAAUCCACUUUCCUUUUAUAACAGAUGGCAAAUGUUUAUUGAAUACAUAAAUUGUUCAGACUGUGGCAGGAAUCUACCUAGCACUCAUGGGGAAAAUGCAGUGUGAUCUCUUAGACUAUCAAAUGAAACUUUAUACCUGGCAUGAAAAAAAUUGUAAUUUCAUCAGGACAAAUUAUUUGUUGUUUACUGUUGUAACAAUUGUUUUCUCAAAAUUUAGCUUCUGUACCUUGAAAAUAAAAACAUUAUGAAAAAUUGAGUAUUUGCACACUUCCCUACAAACCUAGGAUUGCUGCCAACUAAAAUCAUACGCAGAAAAGACCAAUAUCUCCAUUAUUAUGCAGUGGGUCUGCUUUAAGUAGGAUUAGUGUUGCAUACAGCAAACAGCCCAUAGUCAUUUCUUCAUUUAGCAGUAGAUUUUGUAACAUCAUUUCGGGUGUCUGUAUAAUUAUGUAAUAAUUCAUAAUUUCUAAUGGGUGUAUGUAAACAUUAAAAAGAAAAACCAGACCAAGUAUAAGAUCAGUUAAAAUUCACCAUAAAAACUACCUCGAAAUGCCUGCUAAAGUAUGCUAUGAAAUUAUUAUUUUUUUAAAAAGCCAUGUUUUUUGAAUAAAAACAAGUAUUCCUGGUAAAAGUAAUACCCUAAAUCAACAUGGGUUUAGUGGUCAGAUUUGUACUACUGACAGAGAGCUUUAUUUUCUCACUGAUUUUUAAAUCUGCACAUUCCUCCUGCCUUAGUGUGAGCUGCGUACCAGUAGACCCUUUCUGGCUCCCUCAUAGCUAUAAAGGGGGGACAGCGUAUGCUAUAGCAAGUCUUGGCAUCAUCAGCAAAUUCAGUCCUGCAUCUGUGGUAGCUGACUGACCGCCUGUGGUGAUCAAACAAACAAGGUUUUUAUUCCAAAUCCUGCUGCGUCUAAAACCAGGGUUGGGGAAACUUUUCAGCCUGGGGGCUGCAUGCUAAUAAUAGGUGCAGCCAGAGGUUGGUGUGGGUGGGGCAAAGGUAUAGGUUAAUACACAGGUGCUUUGUAAGGAGGAGGAACCAGGAGUUUCCUGUCCUGGGCUUGACCACCCUCCUUCCGUCUCCGGCACGCAGAUUUGAAGAACCCGUCGGAAUCCGCUGUGCACAGCCCGUUUGCCAAACGCCAGGCCUUCCCGCCCACCUCCGCCAUGAUGGAAGUGUUCCUGCAGGACAAGCAGCCUGUGGUGACAGCGUCCGUCACGGCCCCGCCGCCUCCGUCGUCCCCCCUGGCCAGCAAAACCAACCCCGUCCCCCAGAUGUCUCCGGGCUCCUCGGACAACCAGUCCUCCAGCCCCCAGCCAGCCCAGCAGAAGAUGAAGCAGCAGAAGAAGAAAGCGUCCUUGACAUCAAAGGUACGCAAGAAUUUCCCAUCCUGCACGGCGUGGGGCUUAGGCUUGAGGCAGCCCCCUAGAGGGCCCAAUGAACUUGGCAGGUGAGCGGGAAGGGGCCCGUAGCUCAGGAGUGGAGCGUCAGAGGCUAUUCUAAUGAGCUUGGUGGACCCAGUGGUCUGAAUCUGUAGAUGGCCUCAUCCCAGUGUACCUGAAGGAGCGUCUCCACCCCCAUCAUUCAGCCCAGACACAGGGCCUUCUGCUGGUUCCCUUCCUGCGAGAAGUGAGGGUACUAGGAACCAGGCAGAGGGCCUUCUCGGCAGUGGCGCCCGCCCUGUGGAACGUCCUCCCAUCAGAUGUCAAGGAGAUAAGCAACUAUCUGACUUUUAGAAGACAUCUGAAGGCAGUCCUGAUUAGUUUUUAAUGUUUGAUGUUUCCUCGUGUUUUUAAUAUUCUGUUGGGAGCCGCCCAGAGUGGCUGGGGAAACCCAGCCAGAUGGGUGGGGUAUAAAUAAAUGAUAAUUAGGAUGAUGAUGACUCAUAUAUUGUAUUGGGCAAGGGUGGAAUCUCAGUUGUAGAGCAGCUGCUUCGUGUGCACAAGGUCUCCGAUUCAGCCCCCAGCAUCUGCAUGUGACUCUUAAUCUUAAGUUUCCUACGUUGCAGGGGGUUGGACUAGAUGACCCUUGGGGUCCCUUCCAGCUCCGUGAUUCUGUUGUUCAAGACCUCGCGUCUGACGGGGGUGGGGGAAAUUCACCAUCUGCAACCUUUGAAAGGAACGAGAAAAACGGGCAGUGGUGAAAAUCAUUAGAUUAUUUGUUAUUCUAUUGAUUAAAUUUGAAUAUCACCCUAUCCCCGCGGCUCAAUAUGAUUAGAUGCAGUUGAAUCAAAACCCUAAUAUAUCCAUGGGAAAACGGGGGUGGGUUUAUUGAUAUACUGUACUACUAAGUAGAACGCUGAUAAUACAGCUGUUCAUUGCUUUUAGUUCUUUGUACACCCUGUUACUUUUAGAACUAGUUUUUUGUUGUUGCAGCUUGGAAGCGUGGCACUCUUUUAGCAAUUAAGCGAUGCUGGUGAUAAUUUUAAAAAUGCAACAACCCUGAGCCUCUAAAGGCGACAUUGAAACCCAGGCACACCCUCUGCCACAGAAGGAAGUGGAAAGCCUUGGCAGCCUCCGCUCUUCAGGGUUUGCCAGUUUGAGAGCAGGAACACCAAUUUCAGGUUGCAUGUCGGCAGCUCAUCAGGCCACCUCUCCUUCCUCAGAUUCCCGCUCUGGCAGUGGAGAUGCCCGGCUCUGCGGAUAUCUCGGGGCUCAACUUGCAGUUUGGGGCGUUGCAGUUCGGUUCGGAGCCUGUCCUCUCGGAGUACGAGCCUGCCCCCGCAACAAGCGCCUCCGUCAGCCAGCCUCCGAGCAGCCUGUAUACGAGUACUGCAAGGUGAGAGGAGCCUGUUGCCAUUGUCUUUGGGGGGUCUUAGCUUAAGUGGGAGACAGCUUGGCAAGCAGAAGGUCCCAGGCACAACCCUCAGUGGCGUCUCUAUGUUGGGCUGCAAAAAAGACCCCCUUAGUGGGGUAAGAGAGAUGAAAAUAGUGCUCGUAAAUUUCACAUCUGGCAACCAAUGAGCCCCUUUGGUUUCAGAUAGUACAUGGUUAAAAGGUAAAGGGACCCCUGACAAUUAAGUCCAGUCACAGACGACUCUGGGGGUGCGGCACUCAUCUCGCUUUAUUGGCCGAGGGAGCCGGCAUUUGUCCACAGACAGCUUUCCAGGUCAUGUGGCCAGCAUGACGAAGCCUCUUCUGGCGAACCAGAGCAGCGCACGGAAAUGUCGUUUACCUUCCCGCUGGAGUGGUACCUAUUUAUCUACUUGCACUUUGACGUGCUUUUGAACUGCUAGGUUGGCAGGAGCUGGGACCGAGCAACGGGAGCCCACCCCGUCACAGGGGUUCGAACUGCCGACUUUCUGAUCGGCAAGCCCUAAGCUCUGGUUUAACCCACAGCACCACCCUCGUCCCUAGUACAUGGGUAGAUAAAUCUAAAAAACCCAGGACACAAAUUUUCAUGGCCCUCUAGCAUCUGUGGUGGCUCUUUUUCCAGGAGCGAUGUGUUUAGUGUUAACUCUGGAAGUGUGGACUCAAUUCUGACCAAACUAAGCCUCCUUGUAUAUGUUUUGCUCUGGUACAGGGGUCAGCAACCUUUUUCUACAGGGGGCCAGUCCACUGUCCCUCAGACCUUGUGGGCGGCCAGACUAUAUUUUGAAGGGGGGGGGAAUCCCCCCACCGACUCCCCCCUCCCUUCUCCACAGCACCAGACGAGCCCCAGUGGCUACUUACCUGUGCCUUGCGAGCGGCAGGGCCGGAAGGACGAUGAGCAGCGCGAAAGGGCUGGCUCUGGAGAGGGGCUGCUUAAAAUGGCCCUCAGCCAACAGCUCAACAAAGCCCAGCCCUCUUCCUCCUCUAGGCAGGGCGGGGAGAAGCCAGGAGGAGGGAGGGAGGAGUCGCCGCGGCAGUUGCGUGUGGGAGGGGAAUGGCGCAGCCUGAACGAUCAGAAUCCCCACACCGAUCCAUGCGGCGACUCCCAGACCGUCCGCAGGCUGGAUCAAGAAGGUAAUAGGGCUGGAUCCGGGCCCUGGGUCUUCGUUUGCCGACCCAUGCUCUAGGAGGCUUAGUUGGUGGAAGCCGCCUCUUGCAAGCCACUGGCAGGAGCCCAUUGGCAGUUUGCGUGCUGAAAUCUCCUGACCCUUCUUCACCUGCAGCGAGUCUCUGUCCACGAUUUCGUCCAAUAAGAGCCAGGAGCCGGGUUACCAGAGCGGCACCAUGCCUACAGCAACAUAUACCUCCCAGAACAGCGCUCAGGGACCACUGUACGAGCAGAGAUCCACUCAGACCCGGCGGUACCCAAACUCCAUUUCCUCCUCGCCCCAAAAAGACUUGACCCAGGCCAAGGUAAGCUUUGUCCCCGAGUGCUCUGUUAAGAUGGGGCCUUAUUAACAACACGACAGCGAUGAUGAUCAGCAUGGCAGCCUGUGGAAAACUCUGGUCUCUUUUGGACUAGGAUAAAACCUUCGCAGAACGUGAAAUUGCCUCGCAAGUUUCGAGAACUCUGAAAGAAGGUUAAGCAAAUUCACAGAGGCGAGGUCUUCCAAUGUUUAGAGGAAACCCUCCAUUUUUACGGACAGUCUAUCCCUGAUACUCUUGCCAGUUUGUGUGGGGCAGAGGCAGUAGCCUUCAUCUCCCACUUUCUGUCUUCUCAGAGGCAUCUGGCGGACGGUUGUCAGCGCUCUUCUUCGGGGGAAGAAGGAAAGCCCAGGCCACUGCUGACAAAAAUCUGCCGUCCUCCCAGACGUUGCUGGGGCUACAACUCCCAUCAGGAUUGACAGUCAAGGAUGAUGGGAGUUGUAGUCCAAGCAACAUCUGGAUGGCUGCAGCUUCCCCACCCCUGGCCUAGAAAGAAUAUGGGGAAUAGUGGAUGCCUUUGGGUCUCACAUUCAAAGCAUCAAGUAAUUCAUAGCUUGACCACUGUCUAUGAUGAGCAUUGCUACUAGAAACCUUUAACGGAUCCUAGUCUUUUAAAAUAGGGAGGUGUUUGAGAGCAGGGUACUUGGCUGGGGUGGGGCCGAUGCUUGAUCUGUGCACCGAAUGUGUAUUUCUGUAUCAACGGCAGCUGACUUCUCUUUCCCUCUCUCUUUCUCUUCUCAGAACGGCUUCAACUCGGUGCCGCCCACGCAGCUGCAGACCACGCAGACAGCCGAAGGUCAGUGCCUCUCCAGCAUGCCUGCGGUUGGGGAGGGGGGAAGAAACGAGCUGAGCUCGCAAAGAACUUGUGCAGCAAGCAGGGCUGGCGAACCUGCGGCACGCUCUGCUCCCGCUUGCAGGCGCCCCCUAGCAGACAUCUGGUUGGCGCCUUUGAGAACAGGGCGCUGGGCUGGACUUGACGUGUAUUGUAUCUUGAAAAAAGCACACCAAGGACUCUGGCCAAUAUAAGUUUCAGUAGUGGGAGUAGUCCCUACUUGCAAAUCAAUAGUCAAUUGUAAAAAAAACUAAUCCAUUCAAAAGUAUGUAUUCUGACAAGGAUUACAAACUCAAGCUCAUAAGGAUAUGUAUAACACAAUAAUUCGUUACAGAAUUAGAGAUAAGAGUUUAUGAGUAGAGAUAAGUUUAUGUUAGUCCAUAGUCAGAUUCGACCUGAAGGUCUUAGUUUCAAUCAUUGAGCAGAAGUCAAUUAUGGAUCAGAAACCAGGACGGCCCUGUUUCGAUGUAUUCACCUUCAUCAGCUGGAAGUAUCAAACAUUACAUGAAAAUACAUUUAAAUUCUAAAUUAUCAUAAAUUAUAAAACAGUAAUUGUGUAUUAUAUCUUGGUUUUUUGCCCUUUGAACAUUGCUUUCUAUGCUGCUUCAAAUUUUGCAAGGGGAAGGGGGGAAGAAGUUUUGCUUGGGUGAUCUGCGCCUUAACUCUGUGUUUCUCUCGUUAUUUCAAACUUGCCCCCCCCCCCAGGUUCUGCAGGCCCCGCUGUGAAAUCGGACUCCCCCUCUGCCCCCAGCAUCACGACCCCUCUCAACGACACUGUGUCCGCAGCAUCCUUGCUCACCACGGCCACCCAGCACUCUUCGGUGCUCAGUAGCCUGAACCACACGGAGGAGCUCCCCAGCACGGCCACCACGCAACACAGCAGGUAGCAGCAGGGGGGCCUCAGAACUGACCCCAAUCCCGCCCCCCAAUGGUGUGCUUUUCUUUGAAGUUGAGUCACCUGGUGCCAUGGCAGAUGUCAGGGUAGGGGGUGAGGAGAUGAAUAUCUUCUGUUCCCCACCCCUGGAAUUUGAUAGACCUUGGGCCCAGCUUUCUCAAGCUCAGUCAUGAGGGCUAGCAACCUCCUUUUGCAGUAAAGUUGAGGAUCUGUAUUUUGCACCUAAGAAAACAACCCUGCAUUGCCUGUCGUGUGUUCAGUUUUAUUCCAUUUAAAAACAAGCUGUUUUUAAAACAACUACGGAAAUAAAGUAAAUUGCCCCCAGAUCUUUGGAUGGAAGGCAGCAUAUAAAUUUAAUUAUUAUUAUUUUUAAAAAAAGGGGGGGGGACCAAUGGAAUAGCACCAAAGCCUCUGUAAAGGUCAAGUUAAAUGGAAAAGGCCAGGCACAGGGCAUUGCCAGCCAUUUGGCUGUGGGCUGACCAGCGUUCCCUUCCCUCUCUCCCCACAGCACGUUACCCACCCCUCAGAACAGCCUCUCCUCCUCGACUUCUGCUGGCCGCACGUCAACUUCCACUCUCUUGGUGAGUAGAGGGAAUGAGAGGGGAAAAUAAGGUUUUGGUGCCGAAGGUGCCUAUUAGUGGGCUUGGAGUGCAAGCUUGUGUCUGUCUUCCCAAGACCCAGCAGCAAUCUGUUUCCAGGUACCCUUGUCUGGGUCACACGCAUGGUAUUGCUUCUGCUUUGACUGCUCCCUCUUUAAGGGCAAGAGCACAUUUAUGCACACAGGAGAGCUCCGUUGGUUGAAUUUAUGCGAGGUUAUACUAGAAUUCCUCUCUGCUUUCCAAGAGGGAGUUGUUGUGCCUCCCAUUGACCAAGGCAACAUGCCUCUGAAAACCAGUUCCUGGGAACCAUAUGUGAGCAGAGUGGGCCUCCCAUCGGCGCAACUGCUUGGCCACUUGGAUGCUGGACUAGAUGGGCCGUGGGCCAGAUCCUGCAGGUCUCUUCUUAUUUUGUUGUUGGUUAGAUUAUGUCCCAAUGUAGAUUACAACAAAACAGUACCCUUUAAAUCAAAGUAAAACCAACCAGCCAUACACAGAAGUCAUCAGGUAACUUGACAGUUUUUAAGUGGGUCACAAAACGUGAUUCUGAGCUUUGGGUAAAAAGGUGUGGCUUCAGCAUAUGACUGAGGCUAAAUAAUGAUGCUAGAUAAACCUCAGGAAAGUAGGCCAGGGAGUUGCACUGCUUGUCAUGUGGCAGACAGAACUGCUUGUGCAAGAUUAGUGGUUUAUUCCCCAAUUGCUCUUUGGCCCCCCGAAAUAUAUAUAACAAAGGCACCAAAACCUUUGUUUCUCUCUGCCCCCCCCCCCCAUUCAGUAUGAGCCCUGUGUGAUGUAUAUGGACUACAUGCUGUGGGGGGGAAUGAAUAUUUUGUCCCCCCCCCCCAUAUUAUUCUCCCUGACAUACUAGCCUUGUGUGUCUAUGGGGCGUUUUGUGUGGAGGAGGAAAUACUAAAAAUAGAUGCUCCCAUAACUGUAUUCUGAAACCAUGUAGUCUGUCAACAAGCAUAUCGCCUCUGCCUUCGUUCCUCUUCUGCUGCGAGAGCUGAAGGGGUUGUAAGGCUUUGUUUUUUAAAACCAGGGAUGGGGAACCUGUGACCCUCCAGAUACUGGUGAGUUUCAGAUCCCAUCAUCCCUGACUUGGCUAUGCAGGAGCAGGAGAAGAUGCAAGGUUGUCUUCUGGUGUUUGUAGAUCUGUACGGUUGUAAAUCUCUUGUCACUGUUGUGUUUGGCUUCCCAUCUAAGUUUGAGGCCUGCAAAGUGCAUGCCCCCCAACAUCCUGCCUAGCUUGCCCCGUAGCUAUCCAGGAGGGCGGUGAGCGUGCGAAAGCAAACCCCUGAGCCGCAACCAGAUGCAUCCAGCCUAGAACCCGUGGCUGGCUGAACUGCAGUGCUCUGACAUGCGCCUUGCUGCUCCGCCAUGCGACUUUUCCACAUGGACAUGUUGGUCUCCGUCUUGCAGAUCCUGACUUCCUCCCUUCCCCUGCUUCCCCUCCUGGUUUCUUUGCAGCACACCAGUGUGGAGAGCGACGCCGGGCUCCAUUCUUCUGCAAGCACUUUCUCCACCUCCUCCAGCACCGUCUCGGCUGCGCCCCCCGUGGUCAGCGCCUCCUCAAGCCUGAGUAGCGUCAGCAGCCUGGGCCUGAGCCUCAGCGGCAACUCCACGGUGACCGCCACGACCCGCAGCUCUGUUGCCACGACGUCAGGUGCUUCCUCAAGGCUCUAAGCCUGGCCAGCGGCUAAAAUGCACGUGUGUGCAUGAGAAAGCAGAGAGCUGGGCUGCUCCUUUUUUAAACAUUGCUUUACAUUCUGUUCCUGCGGCUGUUGAUUCAUAUACAGUGGUACCUCACAAGACAAAAAACUCGCUAGACGAAAGGGUUUUUUGUUUUUUGAGCUGCUUCGCAAGACGAUUUUCCCUAUGGGCUUGCUUCGCAAGACGGAAACGUCUUGCAAGUUUGUUUCCUUUUUCUUAACACCGUUAAUACAGUUGCGACUUGACUUCGAGGAGUAACUCAUAGAACGCGGUGUGGUAGCCUUUUUUGAGGUUUUUAAAGACUUUUUGAAGCUUUUCCAAAACUUUCCCAACACCGUGCUUCACAAGACGACAAAACUCGCGGAACGAAUUAAUUUCGUCUUGCGAGGCACCACUGUAUACAUUUCUGCUCUUCCCUCUUUGGACAGUGUCUCUGUAAGGCAAGGCAAAUGCAAUCUCUUUAGCAGCUAGCCAAAUGGUGAGCUUUGAGCUCCCUUAAGCCUCUCUUGUCUGCUUUGAGCAGAGAGAGAGAGUGUCUGUUUGCCGGAGCUGACGUGACCGUCAUUCAUAUAAUAUUACUAUUAUUUAUAAAACGAGUACACCGCCCUUAAUCCAAAGAGCCCAAUGCAGUUUACAGCAGAAAAGUAUAGAAUAAGAAUACAGUCGUACCUUGGUUCUCAAACUGAAUCCGUUCCGGAAGUCCGUUCGAAUUCCAAAAAUGUUCGAAAACCAAGGUGUGACUUCUGAUUGGCUGCAGGAGCUUCCUGCACUCAAUCGGAAGCCGCGGCAGAUGUUUGGCUUCCAAAAAAAUUUCGCAGACCAGAACAGUCACUUCCAGGUUUGUGGCGUUCAGGAGCCAAAACGUUUGAAUCACAAGGCAUUCGAAAACCAAGGUACAACUGUACAUAAUAAAACAAUAACAAAUCACACACACACACACACACAUUUUAAAAAAGCUGUAGAAUAAUAAUCAGCCUAGUUGAAGAGAAAUGUUUUCACCUGGCGCCAAAAAAUACGUAACGAAAGUGUUUAGGUGAGCCCCCCUGGGGAGAACAUUCCACAAACGGGGAGCCACAGCAGAAAAGGCCCCGUUCUCAUGUUUCCACCCUCUGGAUCUCUCAUGGAGGAGACACACGUAUAAGGGGGGGGGGAUUUUAACAAUGGAGAGUGCCAGCAUUGCUGUGCUUAUAUGGUUGUUGGUUCUCGCAUUUCCUGCCCUCUUAUAAGAGUCCAAUUGUUGCUGCACUACAGUUCCUAUGAGCCGUUGACCAUUGGCCUCCCGUGUGGGGCUUGAUGGAUGUUGUAGUCCAACAACCUCGGCAGGGGGGAGUUCACAGUCCUGUAAUAAAGCAAGAAGUGAGGAGAACACUGUGAGCACCCUCUCACGUUCUGUGCCACACGUUCUGAAGCAUGGCUCUGCCUUCAUUGCGUUGGCUCUCUAAUCCCUCCUUUUCAGCUAUGUCUAGUCCCUGUGACUAGUGACUAGUUUAGUUUGGAGCAGGACUGGAUAAGGUUGCUGCUGUACUUGCAGGUCCCAUCACCCCUGGGCAUCGGUCACACUGACUGUGGUUGAGGGGAGAUGGGUCCAGCAAUGCUUGGAGGUACCCCUGGCAUAGACUGUAGGAUCACAGAGUUGGUACAGACCUCCAAAGUCAUGUAGUCCUUCCCUCUACUGAUGAAGGAAAUCCAAUGCUAACAAUACUGAGCUGAAUACAGUGGUACCUCGCAAGACGAAAAACGCGCAAGACGAAAAACGCGCAAGAUGAAAGAGUUUUCCGUUAUUUGAGUCGUUCCUCAAGACGAAUUUACCUAUGGGCUUGCUUCGCAAGACGAAACGUCUUGCGAGUUCUUGCGAGUUUGUUUCCUUUUUCUUAAAGCCGCUAAGCCGUUAAUAGCCGCUAAGCCGCUAAUAGCCGUGCUUCGCAAGACGAAAAAACCGCAAGACGAAGAGACUCGCGGAACGGAUUAAUUUCAUCUUGCGAGGCACCACUGUAUACCAAAAGCCUCGGUCCAGUAUAUCUGAAGGAGCGUCUCCACCCCCAUCGUUCUGCCCGGACACUGAGGUUCAGUGCCGAGGGCCUUCUGGUUCCCUCACUGUGAGAAGCGAAGUUACAGGGAACCAGGCAGAGGGCCUUCUCGGUAGUGGCACCCUCCCUGUGGAACGCCCUCCCACCAGAUGUCAGAGAACAACAACUACCUGACUUUUAGAAGACAUCUGAAGGCAGCCCUAUUUAGGGAAUUAUUAUUAUUAUUAUUAAUAUUAUCAUAACUGGCCGAAGUCAGCUUCCUAUGUCCCUAAGCCAGGGAUGGGGAACUUUCUUCCCUCCAGGUAUUUCCAAACAGUAUUUCCAUACUGUUGGCUGGGACUAAUGGGAGCUGGAGUCCAGCAACAUCUGGAGGGCCGCAGGGUCCCCAUCCCUGCUUUGCACCUCUGCAAGUGCACUUACGUGGUCCCUGAUUGGUUGGGACAUGUGUCUAGGACAGGUGUGGAAUACUUGUGGCCAGAUGUUACUGCACUACAACUCCCAUUAUCCAUACCGGCUGAGGUUGAUGGGAGCUGGAGUCCAAUAACAUCUAGGGACAGCAGGCUUUGGACUUGCCAUCUUCCGCACACAGAAGCUUGUUUCCUCCCACUCAGCUAUGAGCUUUAUCUUUACUCUUCCGUAUCUAACAUUGCCAGUCACACACUUUUUAAAUUUUGGUUUGUGCAUGCUCGCUCUCUCAUAAUUGUAAGUCUCACUGCUUCUCGUGGGAGAGGAGGGGGCAGUGGUCCUGGGAUGUCCGUAGUUAACUCUGCUUUCUCCCCAUAGGGAAGGCUCCACCCAACCUGCCCCCAGGUGUGCCCCCAUUGCUGCCGAACCCGUACAUCAUGGCUCCAGGGCUGCUGCACGCCUACCCGGUGAGUAGGGGCCGCUUUACAGUUCCAUGCCAGUAGAUCUUGCCUGGCUCUUGACCAUAGCAUGGCAGGAGGGACAGAGCAUGUGAAAUCAACCUGGAGUCGGUACCAGAUGCAGUCAAAGCAGCCUCCAGCCUGCUUGUGUUGCAACAUCUGACUCCGACAAAAAAACAACAACCCAAGACCUUUGAAAUAAUCCUGGUUUAUGGGAAGCGAAUCCAAACAAACCAAUACAACACAAUACAAAAAUGAACGUCCCUUGUGAGAGACACGGCCUCUCCCUAACCUGCUGCUUCUCUUGCAGCCGCAGGUUUAUGGCUACGACGACCUACAGAUGCUUCAGACGAGAUUCCCCUUGGUGAGUUAAAUUCAGCCCUCCCUCUGCCCUCCUAAAAUAACAUCAUCAUUGCUACUUAGAAAACAUGCCGUCUCCCGCUGUUCUGCAUUGUGUAGCAGGACACCUUCUCUUGCAAUGUUUGUAACACUUUCAUAAUGGAGCAGACUGGAAUAAUCUUAAAUGCAAAACCUGAAAUAAACUGAAAAUAAAUUGUCUUUGAAAAUGACAUUUGUAUGCCACCCCAUAACAUCCGCUAAACGCUAUGUGACACCUGGGAGUGGUACUUUGCCAGUAACUAAUAAACAAGCCCAGUUUUUGAACAAAGGUACUGCUUUUGGUCUUCUCCUUCUUCUCCAUCCCCUUCAGAUAUAGCUCUUGUUUUUCACAAAGACACCAACCUUUUUACUUGGGGCAGAUCCUCGCUGUGCCCAUUUAAAGCACAAGGAAUCCUGGGGACUGUAAUUUCCCCCUCCCAGAGCCACAGCCUCCAGCGUCCUUAGCAGACGACAUUUCUUAGGAUUCUUUGGGGGAAGUCAUGUGUUUCAAAUGUGUGCUGGGGUUGCUUUCUGGUCCCUGGAGGCCAGGUCCCUCCUCCUCCUCCUCCCCAGUUGAGAUGAACAUCCUUAGCUUCUCCUCCUGCCUCUCUUCCAGGACUACUACAGCAUCCCGUUCCCCACACAGACCACCCCGCUUACUGGAAGAGACGCCAGCUUGAGCAGCAAUCCUUACUCUGGUAGGAGACGGUUGGGGAAGGGAGUUGGAUUUGAGCCACCUGGGAAGGGCAGUUCAGUUGUCGUCCUAAUCAGACUAAUUCUGUAGGUUUCUGUUCAACUAACUUACUUAUUUCCAGUAUUCAUAUCCUAUCCAUCAAUCAGUCAAAGAGGCUCUCCAAGGGACAAUGCCGUUCCUUUCCUGAGGCUUGCAAUCUAAAAGACAAGACACAUGAAGGGAAAGGGAAUGGGGAAGGGAGCGACGCGAACUGCAAAGCAUGACGACAUCUUACAUUCUUCUUUAUAUAGGAAGAUACCUGCUAGAACACUAACUUGUUGGCACCAAGCUAGGUCCUUUGGGUGGGGUUUUUUUUUGUGGGGGUGGGUUGCCACUUACCGUAUUUUUCUGUGUAUAAGACGACCCCUGUUUUUUUGAACCCAAAAAUAGGAAAUCAAUAUUUUAGGGUUGCCAUAUCUUUAGAAGUGAAAAUCCGAAUGAUCGGCAGCGAUGAAAAAUUGUUCAGCCUUUUGGGGGAAAUCGCCCUCAAAGCCAUUGAACUUUUUUUCGGGCAAACCAAGACCCACCCACCACCCAAUCACCCUGCCAAACACCACACUCUGGCCCACCCAAGCCAAGAACCCAGACAUUUGAUGGACCCCUGUGCAUUCACUAUCCGUGUAGAAGACGACCCCCAAUUUUGGACUAAAAGGGGGGGUUUUUGUAGCAAAAAAAAUCGUCUUAUACGCUGAAAAAUACAGGGUAUUUAUUCUAAGUAUUUACAAACAUAACUUGCGCAGAAAGUGGAGCAAGGUGGUGGACAACACGCAGAGGCAGCUGAAUCCUAUCAGUAAUGUGUCGUAAUCUCCCUACGUGGCUGGAGAAGGGUGGUGGCAAACUCGAUGCACACUUUUGCCAUUGGGACCCUACGCCGAGACCAUAUAACACCGGUCUUGAAAGACCUACACUGGCUCCCAGUACAUUUCCGAGCAGAGUUCAAAGUGUUGGUGCUGGCCUUUAAAGCCCUAAACAGCCUCAGCCCAGUAUACCUGAAGGAGCGUCUCCACCUCCAUUGUUCUGCCUGGACACUGAGGUCCAGCGCCAAGGGCCUUCUGCCAGUUCCCUCGCUGCAAGAAGCCAAGUUACAGGGAACCAGGCAGAGGGCCUUCUCAGUAGUGGCACCCGCCCUGUGGAACACCCUCCCACCAGAUGUCAAAGAGAAAAACAACUACCAGACUUUUAGAAGACAUCGGAAGGCAGCCCUGUUUAGGGAAGCUUUUAAUGUUUGAUGCAUUACAGUGGUGCCCCGCAAGACGAAUGCCUCGCAAGACGGAAAAACCGCUAGACGAAAGGGUUUUCCGUUUUGAAGUUGCUUCGCAGGACGAAUUCCCCUAUGGGCUUGCUUCGCAAGACGAAAAUAUCUUGCGAGUCUUGAGAUUUUUUUCGCUUUCCCCCUUUAUCUAAUCUGCUAAGCCUUUAAUAGCCUUUAAUAGCCUUUUAGCAGCUAAUCCCUAAGCCUUUAAGCCUUUAAUAGCCGCUAAACCAGCUAAUAGCGCUAAUAGCGCUAAUCCGUCAAUGGGCUUGCUUCGCAAGACGAAAAAACCGCUAGACGAAGACUCUCGUGGAACGGAUUAAUUUCGUCUUGCGAGGCACCACUGUACUGUGUUUUAAUAUUUUGUUGGAAGCUGCCCAGAGUGGCUGGGGAAGCCCAGCCAGAUGGGCAGGGUAGAAAUAAAUUAUUAUUAUUAUUAUUAUUUAUUAUCACUCUGCCCUCCCCCCCAGGUGACCUUACGAAGUUUGGCCGUGGUGACGCCUCUUCCCCCGCGCCGGCCACCACCCUGGCCCAGCCUCAGCAGAACCAGACCCAGACGCACCACACCACCCAGCAGACGUUCCUGAACCCGGCCCUGCCUCCCGGCUACAGCUACACCAGCCUGCCCUACUACACCGGAGUCCCGGGGCUGCCCAGCACCUUCCAGUACGGGCCAGCUGUGUUCCCCGUGAGUGCCGGCCUGCUGUGGAGCUGUGGGGCUGGGGUGGAGCCAGACCCGGCUGCUUCCUCCCACCCUGCUCACUCCCCAGCCCUUUGCUUUCCCCAGGUGGCUCCCACUUCUUCCAAGCAGCACAGCGUCAACGUCAGCAUGAACGCCUCGGCCACCCCCUUCCAGCAGCCCAGCGGCUACGGCUCCCAUGGAUACAGCACCGGUGAGUAGGUGGGGCGACCACAAGAGUUGAAGCAGCCCUGAGGGAGGGCGUGAGAUCGUCUGCAAGGGGCAUCAUUAGCCGCGGUUCCCUUCCUUGGCAAGGCUCACUGGGCGAAGGCAAGGGGCCAAACCUUUGGUGCCAUCAGCCCAGUCCUGCAGAACGCCCUGCCACUAGAAAAUCUGCAGGCAGGCCCUUCCAUUGCAACCUUUGAAAUGCCUGCUGGAAACUUGGGUUCUGCCAGGCUUAGUAUGCAAGCCAACAUCUUUCAGCAAGAGUUACCGUGGUUUCUGACUUUUAACUUUCACAUGUGGUUUUGGGGUACAGUUGUAAGCGGUAUACAGUGGUACCUCGGGUUAAGUACUUAAUUCGUUCCGGAGGUCCGUUCUUAACCUGAAACUGUUCUUAACCUGAAGCACCACUUUAGCUAAUAGGGCCUCCUGCUGCCGCCGCACGAUUUCUGUUCUCAUCCUGAAGCAAAAUUCUUAACCCAAGGUACUAUUUCUAGGUUAGCGGAGUCUGUAACCUGAAGCGUAUGUAAACCAAGGUACCACUGUAUAGGUAUUUUUAUAAAUAUAACGGAGCGGUUCAUUUUUAAAAAUAGAGCCAAAAGCCAACAGGUUACUUCCAGGUGUUGCAGGACACCAGCUGGUGAUGCCCAGUGGGUAUGGAUCAUAGGAUUAUAGAGCUGGGCGGGACCAGGGUCAUCGGCAAUGCGGGAAUCUCAACUAAAGCGACCAUGACAGGUGGCCAUCCAACCUCUGCUUAAAAACCUCCAAGGAAGGAGAACCCACCACCUUCUGAGGAAGACCAUUCCACUGUCGAACAGCUCUCACUCUCAGAAAGUUCUUCCUGCUGUUUAUCCGGAAUCUCCUUUCUUUGUAACUUGAAGCCAUUGGUUCGAGUCCUACCCUCCGGAGCAGGAGAAACCAAGCUUGCUCCAUCUUCCAUGGGACAGCCCUUUAGAUAUUUGAAGAUGGCUAUCAUAGCUUCUCUUUUCCAGGCUAAACAUGCCCAGCUCCUUCAACCAUUCCUCACAAGGCUUGGUUUCCAGACCCUUGAUCAUCUUGGUCACCCUCCUCUGCACACGUUGCAGCUUGCCAACAUCUUUAUUAAAUUCUGCUGCCCAGAGCUGGACUCCAGGUGUGGCCUGACCAAGGCAGAAUAGAGUGGGACUAGUACUUCUCCUGAUCCAGGACACUAGACGUCUGUUGAUGCAGCCUAGAAUACCACUAGCCUUUUUUGCUCCUGAGAGUUGCCUUCUGGAGGACCAAAAUCAUCUGGGGCUGGAUGGACCCCGUGGUCUGACUUGAGACAAGGCAGCUUUGCAUGCUCAUAAUAUUAGGGUCUGUUAUAAAUUCCUACAGCCAUCCAUUGACUUGGGCAUAGGCAGACUCCAGUCCUCCAGAAGUUUGGGACUACAAUUCCCAUCAUCCCUGACCACUGGUCCUGUUAGCUAGGGAUGAUGGGAAUUGUAGUUCUAAACAUCAGGAUGGAUGGAGUUUGCCUAUGCCUGCUUUGACUCCUCAAAAAUAGCUCCAUUGGGUUGGUCCUCUUGAUGGCCCCACAUUUCUCUACAGAUUCCAUCAGAUUCGUUCAUUUGUAGUUUCAUUUGCAUGCCUCUUUCCCACCAAAAGAACAGCAAAGAAAACAGGAGCAUGUCUCAAAAUCAACCACUGCAAGAGCCAUUUCAUAACGGCAUCCUAGCGGCAAAUAUAGCAGCAUACAAAAAAAAAACAAAACCAGCACUUCAUUACUAUAACUGAAACAAGAUUAUGUUAGCAUUAGACCUCCUGGCAACAGCAAAAAUAACAAGGGAGCUUCGAAGUCUCCCCUUGGUCCCAGAAACGCCCUUUCCAUUGUGUUGCUCACAGUCCCUCUCCUGCAGCAACUUGCAAGGCUUCCAAAGGCUGCGGUUGGGGUAGCUGGGAAAACCCACCCUGGUCUUGCUCCCAGAUACAGACCCUGCACUGCUUAAUCAGGAAGGCAGACACAGACACGGCGUUAGGUAGGGCCUAACGCUCUGAGGUGGCGCUGUGGGUUAAUCCACAGAGCCUAGGACCCCCCUUUAAUUUUUGGGGGGGCCCCCAAGAGAGUGGGGCCCUGAGCUAUAGCUUGAUUAGCUGAUACAUAAAUCCGGCACUGCUCAGAUUUUCCAGGCUUAACUUGUGCCCUUGCCUUUGCAGAACAAAAUAAACUAUGAAAUUUGCUGCUGCUGCUUCUUUUUUAAAAAGGAUUUAUAGAUAGUAGGGACACGGGUGGCGCUGUGGGUUAAACCACAGAGCCUAGGGCUUGCCAAUCAGAAGGUCGGCGGUUCGAAUCCCCGUGACGGGGUGAGCUCCCGUUGCUCGGUCCCAGCUCCUGCCCACUUAGCAGUUCGAAAGCACCUCAAAGUGCAAGUAGAUAAAUAGGUACCGCUCCGGCGGGAAGGUAAAUGGCGUUUCCUUGCACUGCUCUGGUUCGCCAGAAGCGGCUUAGUCAUGCUGGCCACAUGACCCGGAAGCUCCCUCAGCCAAUAAAGCGAGAUGAGCGCUGCAACCCCAGAAUCAUCUGUGACUGGAUCUAAUGGUCAGGGGUCCCUUUACCUGUAAUGCUCCAAGGAACUUAGUCUGCAUCAGUAUGGUAAAAUGAGCACCUGGCCACCGAGGCUACCUGGGCAUUCCAGUGACAGAGCAGCACUGCCAUAUUGUGAGCCUGCUCCUUCCAGAGAAGACAUCUGACCAGUUUCUUGGACAUGGGAGCCACUCUCCCACAGCGCCUCCCUCUUGCCAGGAGACAAGCUCGGCUUGUUUUGCUGCUUGCAUCUCGCCACUGCAUCCAAGCUGAUGUGUGCACAUGUACACCAAAGCAAGCCUUUGCAACAUCAUGAGAUGGCUAGGAGGCUGUUCUCACCCUCAAAUCGAUCUGGGAAGGAGGGAGGGGAGCCAGGAGGGGAGGAGUUUGGGCUUUGCAUGCGACCGACCAAGCUAACUGCUAACGCCGCUUUGUUUCCCCCCCUUUUCCAGGUGUGUCAGUAACAUCCAGUAACACAGGAGUGCCAGACAUCUCUGGUUCUGUUUACUCCAAAACGCAGGUUGGUGCUGCAAUGUGGGAGAUGACUCCUGAGUGUGCUGUGUGAGGUUUGGGUGCUUGGCUGCCUUGCAGUAAUCCAGUUGGAGUGUAGGAGCAAAGGAACUGCCCCGGUUUCCCCACCAAAAUCUCCCCUUCCCCUGCUGAGGAACAAAAAUAAUACAACCGCAAAAAACGGGAGGGGGUCGCGCCUAAAACGAGAUGCCUGUAUUUUUCAGGACCCCCUCCCCUGUUUUUUGUGAUUGUAUUAUUUUGUGCAUGAUUGUGCACAUGCGCAUAGCACCGAACCCGGAAGUGACUCAGAAACAUCAUAAAAGACAUCACUAAAAGAGCAGAACGGGACAGAACGAGGUGUUUCAAUUGCACAUGAUUUCACGCAAACACGCAGUGACCCAGAAUGCAAACCCCACACAAAUCAGGGGUUGCCUGUAUACAUCUUGGGAGUCAAAGGCCCAUGGGUAAAGAGAUGCAUCUUCAGCAUUCACCGGAAGCUGUAUAACGAAGGUGCCAUGCGCUUCUCUGUGCAGAAGGAGUUUCACAAUUUUGGGGCUGCCACAGAGAAGGCCCACUCCUUGGCCAGCCCCUCCCCGCACCUACUGAGGGAGGCAAAACUACCGAGCAGGUCCCAUCUAGAGGGUCUGUAGGGCAGGAUCUGGUCUUCCAUAUAUUUGGGGCCUGAGUGGUUUAGGGCUUUAAACGCUUAACGUGAGCACCUAGAAUUGGGCCCAGAAAUGAACUGGCAACCUGUUUUCAAAGAGGGCUUGUGUGUGAUCUGAAUGGAGCCCCAGUGGGCAAUCUGACAGCUGCAUUUCGGGCCAUUUCUGAGUCACUUUCAAGGGCAGCCCCAUGUGGAGCACAUUGCAGAUAUUGCUGCACUCCUGACUCUCAUAAUCCCUGACGGUUGAGCCACUCUGGCUGUUGCAGCGACUGAUGGGAGCCCAGCAACAUCAGGAACCGGGGUGUGGGGUGGCGACGCAGGUUCCCUGCCAGCGACAUAGGCAUAGCUGUCAACCAUCCCUUAUUUGGUGGGAAACUCCCUUAUCCCAGCGCUGUGUCCCGCUGCUGUCCCUUAUUGAUGAUGUCCCUUAAAUUUCCCGGGUUUCAUGCUCACCCAGCUCGGGAGGGAAGCAGCAGCUCGGGGUCCUCCGCCGUGAGAAAGAGCGCAUGCUGGCGCUGUCGUCCUAGUGCGAGGAGUUCCAUCGGCCCUUCCCCGCCCGGGGGGAGGAAGAGGGACUCUUGCCCACGCCGCCCACGAGCCCGGAGGCGGCAGCGGUGGUGGCAGCUGAGGAGGCGGCCUGGGGGAGGAGGAAGAGUAGGGGAUGGGGAGGGACGCAGAAGGGCGGCGCUUCAGCGGCCGCCGCAGCGCCGCAACUGCCUCAUGCCGGAUUGACAGCAUCUGUCAAUUCUACCAAUGUACGUAACUUCACAACAGCAAAAUCCCUUAUUUUGGCUGCUGAUCCCUUAUUUUCGAGGCUGCUGGUCCCUUAUUUUCAAAUCUGUAAGUUGACAGCUAUGGACAUAGGAGACGCUUGUGGUAUAAUUCCUGUCCCUAAACGCCCCUCUGUGUGUAUGUGUACCCAGCAGCAGUCGUUUGAGAAGCAGGGAUUCCACACCGGAACCCCCACGGCCUCCUUCAACCUGCCAUCGGCGCUGGGCAGUGGCGGCCCCAUCAACCCUGCCACCGCCGCAGCAUAUCCGCCGGCCCCGUUCAUGCACAUCCUGACGCCUCAUCAGCAGCCGCACUCCCAGAUCUUGCACCACCACCUGCAGCAGGACGGGCAGGUAAGGCCGGGUCCCAAUACACCUUCCCUCCUUUGGGCAACCACCACCUGUCUCCAGGUCCCUCCUCCUCCUUCUCCUCCUCCUCCAUCUCCAUCCCCCUCAUUGCACAGAGACGUAAAACAACACACCUCAUGCACACGCAGUAGGGAAGGCCCUGGGAUACUUUUCUAACAGGUGUCUUGAUCGCCCCAUCUACUGGUUCGUUACCCAGUCCACUUCUCCCCUCCUGCCACAUCCCAGACUCGUCCUCACACACUUGGGUCCAGGGGGGCUGUCAUAACGUCUCCUUGUAUUUUCCAUAUCCUGGGCCUGCCUCCACCUUCCCAAAACAGUCGAUUUUGUACUUCCAACGCCAGCAGGAAGACCAGGUAACGAACCUCUUGGAAGGGAGUGAUCGCUUGCGCCCAUCCUGCUGCGCCCUGGUGGCUGUGGUCAGUCUUUGCGUAGGCUAGGGAGCUGGAAGGAAGCUUGCAUUCCUCCCACGUGUGUGCCGGACUCCAGCCUCCCAUCAUUCCUCCCUGCCUGUUGACCGGAGGUUCCUGGGAGUCCGGCAGAACCUGGAAAAGGCUACCAGUUCCCCCAGCUCUGCCCCAGACAGAUGCGGGCAUAAAAACACAACCAUACACACACAACACGCACAGGGCAAUGGACCCACAUGCCAUAGAAAUCUUCUUUCCCUGCUCCUCCCUCUGUCCUGGGGCUGGUCGAUGGUGAACCAGCCUUUCACAGGCUCUCUAGGGAGAACGGAGCAAAGGCAGGACGUGUUGGAAGUGAGGCAGCACGUCAUGAGCAGAAUCGGAGAGUUUGAAGGGACUCCAAGGGUCAUCUAGUCCAGCCCCCUGCAGCCACAGGAAUUCCAGGCAGAUGGCCAAGCAACCUCUGCUUAGAAACCUCCAACAAAAAUUCCAAGCUGUUCCACCAUCAAACAGCUCUUACCGCCAGGAACGAGGCUGGCCAACUGAGUUCCCUCUGGAUGACGCUGAUUGGCAGCUCCCAUCAUCCCUGAACGUUGUUCUGGGAUGCUGGUGGGAAUUGCAGCCCUUCAGCAUUUAAAGGGCACCACGUUGGCUAUCCCUGGUGAUGAGCUUUAACCGUGCGCUGUGUUAAGAAGCACUUGCUCCCUCUACCAAAUUGUGUCGUGUGCAGUGUGGAUUCCCCACCACAGAAUACCGGGAUCCAAGUCGGCUUGAUGAAUUAAAUUAAAUUAAAAGUUGUCCAGCUUAGAUCCCCCACCUCAGAUCUGAAUGGCCAAGCACAGAGAUAAGCUGCGGGUGCCGUUACGCUCAGCAGGCAGAACUGUCCAAACUAUUGGCUAUGCUUUGAUAACUAAUAGCAGCUGCUGGUGUCCUGCCCUGCCACGUUGUAAAACUCUCCAUGUCAGAUUUUGCAACUAGAAUUGGAGUACCUUGCUUUCCCAGUCUACCCAACGGCACAGUAGGAUUUGGGACAUCGCAGGGAGCGUUUGUGGCAAUUUGCUAUGGUCCUUGGCCAUUGGUGGCAGAGUCCAGGCUCUUCCCUCUAGAGUAGAGGGAGGGAGGAUCUACUGAUAAGUUGCCACUUGCCAUGGAAUUGGCAAAGGCUUCUGACUUCCCCUUGUCUGGCAGCAGUGGCAGCAGAAGGGUCUUUCCAAACCCUGAAUUGGCAGUCCUCAGGUGCCGAUUUGUACGUGUGUACACAGGUCAUCCCCGUGUAUGUCUCCUGGAGUAUGCUUGGCUUCAACCCCCACCCAAAACUUGUCAUUUUGUGCAUCUCUCCACACCCACCCUGUGCUGCGCUUGGCUCUGGCUGGUGAACUAACAAAAGCCCUAUCAAAAAAACCCCAAGCCCUUCCUGGCCUUGCUCCGGAGCCGGGCUGCAAGAAACUUGUGGCGUCCUCCAGAUGUCGCUGGACUACAACUCCCAUCAUCCCUGACUUAUUUGCCUUUGCUGGCUGGUGGGAGCUGCAGUCCAGCGUUUAGGUCAGUGUUUUCCAAAGGUGGGUCUGCAGCUGUUUUUUUGGACUACAACUCCCAUCAUUCCUAGCUAGCAAGACCAGCGGUCAGGGAUGAUGGGAAUUGUAGUCUGAAAAAGAGCUGGAAACCCAAGUUGGGGGAACAUUGAUCUAGAGCAGCCUUUCUCAACCUGUGGGUCCCCAGAUGUUGUUGAACUACAAAUCCCAUCGUCCCUAGAUAGCAAGGCCAGCGGUCUGGGGUGAUGGGAAUUGUAGUCUGAAAAGAGCUGAAAACCCAAGUUGGGGAAACACUGAUCUAGAGGCAGACAGAGCAUUCCUGUUGCUGGCAAGAGAAGCAACCUCUUUUCUUGAGCUGAUUUACUCAUUUCACAUGCUCAUGGGUUGCUGGAGCCUGUUUCGUGCCUCCAAAUAAGGCCUGGGGAGCUGAGCUAGCUGCUAGUCGAGCCUCGCUCACCUUCUUCCUCCCCCCCCCUCUCUCUCCCUACUUCCCCCCCUUUUCUUCCUGCACAGAGCGGCACUGGGCAGCGCAGCCAGGGCACCUCCAUCCCGCAGAAGUCGCAGGCAAACAAGUCUGCCUACAACAGCUACAACUGGGGCGCCAAUUGAGGGGAGGCUCAGAGGCGGCUCCACACACUUCAACCAAGAGACAAACAGAAGGACGACAGCGAUCUACCCAAGAAGGAAGGACCCCAGAAGGAAAGAAGAGCUCCCCUGCCCUCAGCACAGCCCUGCAACAGCCCCGGCGGACCCCGGCCAACAUGGCUCUGGGCUCGGCAUCCUCCCCUCCCCAUCCCUCCAGCCACCUUCUUCCCCCCCCUUCCCCAUUGUAUGUAAUAUAGAAUUUGUAUCUUUUUUCUUUCCUUUCUCUCUCUCUCUCUUUCUCUGCAUUCAUUCAGAUUACGAGCUGUUCAGCCGUAGGGGCCUUUUGUUUCGUUUCGUUUUUCUACUCCUUUACUCUUCCUCUUCCCGCCCCUCCCCACCCACCCACCCGCCCAGAAAAAGGAAGGAAGAAAAAAAAGAAGUACCGCCUGACGGAUCCAAAGGAGUCAACAUCUGGAAUCCUCUCUCUCUUUCUCUCUCUCUCUCUCUUUCUCUCUCUCUCCCCGCUCCUCCUCCUACAAUGCCCCCCUUUAUUAUUAGGAAUAAGAUCAGUAAUUGAUAUGAACCGCAUUGUAAGAUUAAUUAGUUGAAGUGUUUUUUUUGUACUGUGUUCUAAAUUUAAUGGAUAAAUGUGUCUUGUAUAUAAAAACGAAAACCCCACUCUGUU